AUGAAGAGCAUGAUGCCAGAGGGACGCAAGGGCUCCGGUGGGAACUACAGAAUCCACUCAGGUAAUACAGCACUGUCAUGACACACUCAAGGUAUAGGCCCUACCGUUGUAUGAAGUAAUCAUGCCAAAAAAAUUGCUAAACAAAUAAGCAGAAAAUCAAAUGUAGACGUCUGUCUGGAUGUUACAAGACACAUUUUGUGAGCACUUCACUUGAACCCUCUCAAAUACAAAGCUUGCAUAAUACUCAGAAUACAUGGCUGAUGUCAGCUAAUGGCAACCAACGUUGGAGUACAAUGAACACACUGAAUAUAAACUACUGGGGUAAAUCUAAAGGUAUGCAAAGGGUUAAAAGCAAGGUAUUUGAAAGACAUUUUGAAUAUCCGGUCAAUUGAAAAGACACUGAAUAAACAGGGCUACACUUCCUCCACCAAGGUCCUUGUUUCUGUGUCGCCACACAGAUGAAUGGUUCAGAUGUCUACAGUGGAGUGGUUACUAAGGAGGCAGCUCCCUUAUAGGUGCUGAGUUCCACACGCCACAGAAGGCCCCCUAUUGCCUUUCCAUUUCCGGCCUGGGUGGAGACAGGGUGCAACAGAACCCUGGCUGCCUAGGCCUGCUGGCCCUGGUUUCACACCAUGCAUGUUUUAUGAGCAUCUCAUUCCUCUUUGGGUCUCUAGGCAGAAGUGUUCAGCUGCCUAGCCCUGCCCUGUCCUAUCGCAGACAUAGUGGAGUGUGUUUCCCCUUCUUGGCCGCCUUUGGGGGAUCUGUCCCAGCAUCUUGUUAUUUCCUUAUUUUUUUGCGCGUUGACGACGUGCCACUGGUGAUAAGUAUAGCGCAUAUACAUACAGUGAGGGAAAAAAGUAUUUGAUCCCCUGCUGAUUUUGUACGUUUGCCCACUGACAAAGAAAUGAUCAGUCUAUAAUUUUAAUGGUAGGUUUAUUUGAACAGUGAGAGACAGAAUAACAACAACAAAAUCCAGAAAAACACGUCAAAAAUGUUAUAAAUUGAUUUGCAUUUUAAUGAGGGAAAUAAGUAUUUGACCCCCUCUCAAUCAGAAAGAUUUCUGGCACCCAGGUGUCUUUUAUACAGGUAUAGAGCUGAGAUUAGGAGCACACUCUUAAAGGGAGUGCUCCUAAUCUCAGCUUGUUACCUGUAUAAAAGACACCUGUCCACAGAAGCAAUCAAUCAAUCAGAUUCCAAACUCUCCACCAUGGCCAAGACCAAAGACCUCUCCAAGGAUGUCAGGGACAAGAUUGUAGACCUACACAAGGCUGGAAUGGGCUACAAGACCAUCGCCAAGCAGCUUGGUGAGAAGGUGACAACAGUUGGUGCGAUUAUUUGCAAAUGGAAGAAACACAAAAGACCUGUCAAUCUCCCUCGGCCUGGGGCGCCAUGCAAGAUCUCACCUCGUGGAGUUGCAAUGAUCAUGAGAACGGUGAGGAAUCAGCCCAGAACUAUAUGGGAGGAUCUUGUCAAUGAUCUCAAGGCAGCUGGGACCAUAGUCACCAAGAAAACAAUUGGUAACACACUACGCCGUGAAAGACUGAAAUCCUGCAGCGACGCAAGGUACCCCUGCUCAAGAAAGCACAUAUACAGGCCCGUCUGAAGUUUGCCAAUGAACAUCUGAAUGAUUCAGAGGAGAACUGGGUGAAAGUGUUGUGGUCAGAUGAGACUAAAAUUGAGCUCUUUGGCAUCAACUCAACUCGCCGUGUUUGGAGGAGGAGGAAUGCUGCCUAUGACCCCAAGAACACCAUCCCCACCGUCAAACAUGGAGGUGGAAACAUUAUGCUUUGGGGGUGUUUUUCUGCUAAGGGGACUGGACAACUUCACCGCAUCAAAGGGACGAUGGACGGGGCCAUGUACCGUCUGUCACGAUCGUCGUAGGAAGUAGACCAAGGCGCAGCGUGAUGAACGAACAUGUUUAUUUAUCAUUAGCGAUAAACACGGACAGUAAACAAAAACAACAAACGACUCGUAACGUCCUAGGUAACUUAGACCAACACGGAACAAGAACUCACAAACACAAAGGGAAAAACAGACAGUUUAAAUAUGGCUCCCAAUCAGAGACAACCAGCCACAGCUGACACUCGUUGCCUCUGAUUGGGAGUCACUCAGGCCAACCUAGAAAUAAACAAACUAGAACUCCCAACAUAGAAUUACACCACAUAGAACGAACACACCCUGGCUCAACAUAUAGAGUCCCAGCGCCAGGGUGUGACAGUACCCCCCCCUAAAGACGCGGACUGCGACCGCGCCUCAACCAGAGCAAAACAGGGGAGGGCUGGGUGGGCAUUCCUCCUCGGCGGCGGUUCUGGCUCCGGGCUUGCCCACCACCCUCCAAUAAUCCCCCCAUAACGCCCCUGGUCCGGUCUGGCCCCGCUGGCUGGAGCUGAACUGGACGUAGUAUGAGCGGAUAGCUUCAGCUCCGUUGUGGAGCAGUUGACCGGUACCUGAUUAGGCACCGGUGACCCAGGCACGGGUUGUGCCGGACUGACGACGCGCACCCCUGGCUUGGUGCGUGAGGCAGGAACGGACCGGACCGGGCUGACGAUGCGCACCCCUGGCUUGGUGUGUGGAGCAGCAACGGGCCGGACCGGGCUGACGAUACGCACCCCUGGCUUGGUGCGUGGAGCAGGAACGGACCGGACCGGGCUGACGAUGCGCACCCCUGGCUUGGUGCGUGGAGCCGGAACGGGCCUCACCGGACUGACGACUCGCACCCCUGGCUUGGUGCGUGGAGCAGCGACGGGCUGGACCAGGCUGACGACUCGCACCCCUGGCUUGGUGCGAGUAGCAGGAACGGGCUGGACCAGGCUGACGACUCGCACCCCUGGCUUGGUGCGAGUGGCAGGAACGGGCUGGACCAGGCUGACGACUCGCACCCCUGGCUUGUUGCGAGUGGCAGGAACAGGCCGGGCCGGGCUGGCGACGCGCACCGUAGACUUGGUGCGAGUGGCAGGAACAGGCCGGGCCGGGCUGGCGACGCGCACCGUAGACUUGGUGCGAGUGGCAGGAACAGGCCGGGCCGGGCUGGCGACGCGCACCGUAGGCUUGGUGCGAGGGGCAGGAACAGGCCGGGCCGGGCUGGCGCCGCGCACCGUAGGCUUGGUGCGAGGGGCAGGAACAGGCCGGACCGGGCUGGCGACGCACACCGUAGGCUUGGUGCGAGGGGCAGGAACAGGCCGGACCGGGCUGGCGACGCACACCGUAGGCUUGGUGCGAGGGGCCGGAACAGGCCGGGCCGGGCUGUGGAGACGGAUAGGAGACCUGGAGUGAAGUGCGGCCACAACCCGUCCUGGCUGAAUGCCUAUCUUCACACACUCUGUGUGAGGCAUCCGCACAGGACGCACAGGGCUGUGUACCCGUACUGGCAUAACAGCACGUGACACUGGCGCAGGAUAUCCGGGACCGAGGAGAGGCAUUGGAGACCACGAGCGCUGAGCCGGCACACUCCGUCCUGGCUGCAUACCCACCUUCGCAUGACACGUGCGGGGUGCUCGCACAGGACGUACAGGACUAUGCCGAACCACUCGUGGCACAGAACGCCGCUCCGCAUACCGCGGAACCUGCCCAGUCCCAUGCUGCCAUGCCUGAGUACGGGAAGUUGGUUCCGCUCUCCAUCCAGGCUCCGCCAACCUGCCUUCUGGCCCCCCAAACCCGGUGGCCUCCUCUCCAAAUCGCCCUGUGGCAGCCUCCUGCUGCCCAGCCGACCAUGCCGUGUGCCCCCCCCUAAAAUUUUUUGGGGGUUGCCUCUCGUCCGUCCAACGAUGACACUGCUGACGCCGCUGCUCCUCUCUCGCCAGGGCCUUAAUCCUAGCCCAUGGCCCUUUGCCCCCGAGCAUGUCCUCCCAGGACCACGAUUUGCCCACCUGGGCCAUCGCCAACCUCUCCAUCUCCUUUCCCGGCGCUUCCUCCCAUGUCCAGUCUGCCUGCUCCUGGACACGCUGCUUGGUCCUUGUAUGGUGGGUUCUUCUGUCACGUUCGUCGUAGGAAGUAGACCAAGGCGCAGCGUGAUGAACAAACAUGUUUAUUUAUCAUUAGCGAUAAACACGGACAGUAAACAAAAACAACAAACGACUCGUAACGUCCUAGGUAACUUAGACCAACACGGAACAAGAACCCACAAACACAAAGGGAAAAACAGACAGUUUAAAUAUGGCUCCCAAUCAGAGACAACCAGCCACAGCUGACACUCGUUGCCUCUGAUUGGGAGUCACUCAGGCCAACCUAGAAAUAAACAAACUAGAACUCCCAACAUAGAAUUACACCACAUAGAACGAACACACCCUGGCUCAACAUAUAGAGUCCCAGCGCCAGGGUGUGACACCGUCAAAUCUUGGGUGAGAACCUCCUUCCCUCAGCCAGGGCAUUGAAAAUGGGUUGUGGAUGGGUAUUCCAGCAUGACAAUGACCCAAAACACACGGCCAAGGCAACAAAGGAGUGGCUCAAGAAGAAGCACAUUAAGGCCCUGGAGUGGCCUAGCCAGUCUCCAGACCUUAAUCCCAUAGAAAAUCUGUGGAGGGAGCUGAAGGUUUGAGUUGCCAAACGUCAGCCUCGAAACCUUAAUGACUUGGAGAAGAUCUGCAAAGAGGAGUGGGACAAAAUCCCUCCUGAGAUGUGUGCAAACCUGGUGGCCAACUACAAGAAACGUCUGGGUUUUGCCACCAAGUACUAAGUCAUGUUUUGCAGAGGGGUCAAAUACUUAUUUCCCUCAUUAAAAUGCAAAUCAAUUCAUAAAAUUUUGUUGUUGUUAUUCUGUCUCUCACUGUUCAAAUAAACCUACCAUUAAAAUGAUAGACUGAUCAUGUCUUUGUCAGUGGGCAAACGUACAAAAUCAGCAGGGGAUCAAAUACUUUUUUCCCUCACUGUAUUGGGUGUUGGGAACUUCCUGGUUUGGUAAUGAAUGCUUUCCACUGUUGUUUAAAAGGCUUGAUUUCUCCUUAAAUGUGCAUUCCUUGGUGUGGUCGCUAGAGAGGGUCUGUUCUUACCCUUGACGUACGUAAACUGUGUAUUAUUGUGUGUCACAUUAAGGUUGAUAGAUUUGAUUUAUGAGUAUGAUUUCUAAGACAUUUCUAGCGUUUGCUUGGUAACCCCCACUCUCAUACAGUACAUUGCAGUAAGCCUAUACAGUAGUUCAGCCACCCUCAGUGAGCAGCUCUGACACAUUUCCUACCAGGCUCAUUCGUAUGCCAGCCAGGCAAGCUUUGUUGGCUAUUCACUGCUUAUUUUAAGUUGAGGGGUAUCUUUUACUGUUUCUAUUUUUAAACCUCCACCCUAUUCUACUAUCUUCCAUCUUCCACUUCCUGUGUAUUUCCUCUCACUUUCCUGCACCGCACCCUUUCCUUGUGUAUUUUAGGUUAACAGAGGGGAUUUAAAUGCCCUCUCUAUCUUAAUGAUCUCCUGGCUUCAAUCUUAAUAUCCCAUCAUUUUAAAUGGUUGGGCUCUGCCUAAAAUGUCUGAUAUAGCUUACACAACUGUUAUUUGAUGUAGUCAAAAUCCAUUGGUUCAUUGUCUAUGCAGUACAAAUUACAAUAGGCAAGGAAAUAUAUCACACUGUAGAUAACCUAAAAGACUCAAUACUAUAAAGCCUAGGCAUAUUUUUUAAUUAAGUAUGAAUGACAGUAUGAUUUCACAAUAGUUUAAAUUGUAAUGUCACAUGCACAAGUACAGUGAAAUGCCUUUCUUGCUAGCUCUAACGCCAACAAUGCAGUAAUCAAUAACAAUGUAAAAAAAUAAAAUAAAAAAAUAAUAAUAAUGUACGUAAUACUAAAAAUAACAAGGAAGAACAAAAACAUAAAAGUUAUAAAAAGAAAAAGAACAGAAUAAAGUAAGUAAGCAUACUAUCUAUAUACAGGGUCAGUUCCAGUACCAUAUUUACAAUGUGCAGGGAUACUGGAUCGAUAGAGGUAGAUAUGUAUAGGGGUAAGGUGACUAGGCAUCAGGAUAUAUGAUAAACAGAGUAGCAGCAGCGUAUAUGAUGAUUUUAUGUGUGUGUAUGUGUGUGUGUAUGUGUGUGUGUGUGUGUGUGUGUGUGUGUGUGUGUGUGUGUGUGAGAGAGCAAAUUAUGGAGUGAGUGUUUGUAUGUGUGUCGGAGUAUCAGUGAAUGGGCUGUCCGCACCACCCCCUGUAGCGCCAUGUGAUCAAGGGCGGUGCUAUUGCCAUACCAAGCGGUGAUUUUUGUUUUUUUAUUUGUUUUUUUAAACCUUUUUUUUGUCCUUUUAUUUUUAUUUGUUUUCACCAAGCGUUGAUGCAGCCAGUCAAGAUGCUCUCAAUGUAGAACUUUGUAGAACUUUUUGAGGGCCCAUGCCAACCUUUUUCGACCUCCUGAGGGGGAAGAGACGCUGUCGCGCAUUCGUCACGAUUGUGCGCGUGUGAUUUGGACACCGAGGAACCUGAAGCUCUCGGGCCUGCUCCAGUGCAGCCCCGUCGAUGUGGAUGGGGACAUACUCGCCCCUCCGUUUCCUGUCGUCCACGAUCAGCUCCUUGGUCUUACUGCCGUUGAGGGAGAGGUUGUUGUUGGGGCCCCACACUGCCAGGUCUCUGAUCUCCUACCUGUAGGCUGUCUCAUCGUCGCCGGUGAUCAGGCCUACCACCGUCAUGUUGUCAGCAAACUUGAUGAUGGUGUUGGAGUCGUGCGAUGAUAUGGUGUGUGGGCCUCCCACUACUACUCGGGAAACCAUGCAGUUUAUUAGGCUACAGAUUAAAUAAAUUAUGAUGAACUUCACAGGGUUUUGUGAAAGUGCACGGUGAUGAGCUUGAUGCUGCUUUCCAAUAAAUAUCGAGGUUCUUAUUCUGGUGAAAUGAUCAAUGCUUGACUGCCAUUUGACAAAUACAAAUAUUCUCACUCUUAUCCAUAAUAAUCUCAUCAUGUAGACUAGCCAACCCGCACAGCCUACCCGCAAUGUAUCUGCCAGCUGUUGGCUAGAGCGCAGGUGCCCAGACCCGAGUAGGCACAUUUGCUAUUUAACGUAAAAGUUUUUGUGACAAAAUUAUAGGUAGAGUUGAAAUACGAUCGAAACACAUGAUUUUUGUUCGGUACAUGAAAAUGUAAGCGAAAAAAUACAUUUUGUGUGCACUACCUCAUCACGCACUGAUUUUUAUCCGCAACAAGUCAGUUUGGUGGAAACAGCACUGGUGGGAAAAUGUGCAUAUUUUCUUUAUGCAGAUUCUAGAAUAUUUGCAUGAAAAUCUGGCCAAUUGGAUGGAAACCUAGCUACUGUGAUUGUCUUUAAUUAAAAUACCAAAAAGCAAUUUCUCAAGCACGAAUUUAGCUAGGACUGUCUGGGAGUGUAUAUAUAUAUAAAGCUCAGGAAAACCACGUUUUUGAUUGCACUGCCCCUUUAAGAACAAAAACCGAUGACAUAGUUCCCACCCCCUUAAAUCUAGCAGGCCGUCACAUCAGCACCGUGGACAGGGAAGGGAGGGGGAGCGAGCAAGCAGGGUAGCGGCGCCUGGCACACGAAACCCGGCUGGAAUAUCACGUCGGCAGAGGCUCUCUCAACCUUCCCGGGUGCCGAGACCCGGGUAGGCUACGACAGGCUUCGGUAAAGGCAGCUUUAUUGAGGUAGGAAUGCCGGGCUCCAGCUUUUGGGUUUUAGCAGGGUUAUAAGUCAUUAUAAACAACUUAGUCGCAAGAUUACCCAUUUAUGUAAGUACUGAUAAUUAUUAUUAUUGACGCUUUGGUGUUGGACAUUAUAGGGUCCGUCCAGGGACAGACACGAAUGUAUUUUCACGGUCAUUCUCUACGUUUUUGACAUUGUGGGUCUAUUCAUAUUCUGAGACGUUUGACAAUCGAAAUGCUGGCGACAUCCUACGACCAUGUGGCCUGCUCUGUGCUGAGAAAAUAACGGCGAAAAUGAAUAAACAAAUAACCGAAAUUAUCCAUAUAAUUGAAAUUUACACCAAAAUGGAUUGGGGUCAUAUGGUAGUCGUGCUGUCACUCAAAACGACACGAUGCUUAGAUCGUUUUCUGCUUAGCAGAAGAAGAGCUCUGGUUGAGUCAUUGUAGAAAGACCAGGCAGAUAGGCUACUCCCAGCUCUUUACUGAACAAAUAGUGGUUAUGCAUUAUUUGUAAAGCCUCUUCAUCAUCCAGGGCUAUGAGAUCAUCUUUAUGAAUAGAAAGCAACAUCACAUGGGAUAUUUAAUUAAGAUGGUUAUUUAGUGCGGUGAUACACAGUACCUUGUUUAUCCUGGACUGAAAGUAGCCUAUUUGAAGGCAAUUGAAGCAGAGCUGUAUUUAGAAUGGCUUUCACGUUUGGCAUGUGCAUGAUAUAUAGACAUGUCACAGAAAUGUGUUCACCUACAUAUUCACAUGCAUACAGCACAUAUUUCCACAUACAAGAGUAGCCAAAGAUGCAUGAUCUCACUAAUUUGUAAUGUACAGUGACAUUGUAUCAUUAUGACAUCUUACGGCAAGGUGUUUUUUAUUUUUAUUUUUAGACAAUAGAAAAUAGCCAUAGACAAAAGUCAAUAGACAACUGAACAGUCCACAGACAUGGAUCCACUAAACUAAACAUGACAUUGGUUGGGACUUAAUGCUCAACCUUCAACAUAAAGACAAAAAACAAACUCGGUCCUACAUAAAUUUCAACAAACAUUCACGACAUCAUACUUGCUCACACCUACAUGUUCCCACCGUAUCCAUGUCAUGCCUAAAUGUAACCCCAACUGGAUGAUUUGAUUAAAAAUAUAUAUAUACAGUACCAGUCAAAAGUUUGGACACACCUAUUCAUUCAUAGUUUUUCUUUAUUUUUACUAUUUUUUACAUUGUAGAAUAAUAGUGAAGAUAUCAAAACUAUGAAAUAACACAUGGAAUCAUGUAGUAACCAAAAAAGUGUUAAACAAAUCAAAUUAUAUUUUAUAUUUGAGAUUCUUCAAAGUAGCACCCUUUGCCUUGAUGACAGCUUUGCACACUCUUGGCAUUCUCUCAACCAGCUUCACCUGGAAUGCUUUUCCAAUGGUAUUGAAGGAGUUUCCACAUAUGCUGAGCACUUGUUGGCUGCUUUUUCUUCACUCUGCCGUCUGACUCAUCCCAAACCAUCUCAAUUGGGUUGAGGUCGGGGGAUUGUGGAGGCCAGGUCAUCUGAUGCAGCACUCCAUCCCUCUCCUUCUUGGUAAAAUAGCCCUUACACAGCCUGGAGGUGUGUUGGGUCAUUGUCCUGUUGAAAAACAAAUGAUAAUCCCACUAAGACCAAACCAGAUGGGAUGGCAUAUUGCUGCAGAAUGCUGUGGUAGCCAUGCUGGUUAAGUGUGCCUUGAAUUCUAAAUAAAUCACUGACAGUGUCACCAGCAAAGCACUCCCACACCAUAAAACCUCCUCCUCCAUGCUUUACGGUGGUAACUACACAUGCGGAGAUCAUCCGUUCACCCACACCGUGUCUCACAAAGACACAGCAGGGCGGCAGGUAGCUUAGUGGUUAAGAGCGUUAUGCCAGUAACCGAAAGGUCACUGGUUCUAUUCCCCGAGCUGACUAGGUGACAAAUCUGUCGAUGUGCCCUUGAGCAAGGCACUUAACCCUGAUUGCUCCUGUAAGUCGCUCUGGAUAAGAGCGUCUGCUAAAUGACUAAAAUGUAAAUGGAACCAAAAAUCUCAAAUUUGGACUCAUCAGACCAAAGGACAGAUUUCCACCUGUCUAAUGUCCAUUGCUCGUGUUUCUUGGCCCAACCAGGUCUCUUCUUCUUAUUGGUGUCCUUCAGUAGUUGUUUCUUUGCAGCAAAAUCGACCAUGAAGGCUUGAUUCACACAGUCCCCUCUGAACAGUUGAUGUUGAGAUGUGUCUGUGACUUGAACUCUGUGAAGAAUUUAUUUGGGAGGCAAUUUCUGAGGCUGGUAACUCUAAUGAACUUAUUAUCUGCAGCAGAGGUAACUCUGGGUCUUCCAUUCCUGUGGCGGUCCUCAUGAGAGCCAGUUUCAUCAUAGCACUUGAUGGUUCUUGCGACUGCACUUGAAGAAACGUUAAAAGUUCUUGAACAUUUCCGUAUUGACUGACUUUCAUGUCUUAAAGUAAUGAUGGACUGUCGUUUCUCUUUGCUUAUUUGAGCUGUUCUUGCCAUAAUAUGGACUUGCUCUUUUACCAAAUAGGUCUAGAUUCUGUAUACCCCCCCUACCUUGUCACAACACAACUGAUUGGCACAUUAAGAAGGAAAUAAAUUCCACAAAUUAACUUUUAAGAAGGCACACCUGUUAAUUGAAAUGCAUUCCAGGUGACUACCUCAUGAAGCUGGUUGAGAGAAUGCCAAGCGUGUGCAAAGCUGUCAUCAAGGCAAAGGGUGGCUAUUUGAAGAAUCUUAAAUAUAAAAUAUAUUUUGAUUUGUUUAACACUUUUUUUUGGUUACUACAUGAUUCCAUAUGUGUUAUUUCAUAGUGUUGAUGUCUUCACUAUUAUUCUACAGUGUAAAAUGUUGUUUUAAUAAAGAAAAACCAUUGAAUAAGUAGGUGUGUCCAAACUUUUGACUUGUAGUGUAUAUACUGAGUAUACCAAACAUUAAGAAUACCUUCUUAAUAUUGAGUUGCACCCUCCCACCCUUUUGCCCUCAGAACAGCCUCAAUUUGUCAGGGCAUGGACUCGACAAGGUGUCGAAAGCGUUCCACAGGGAUGCUGGCCCAUUUGACUCCAAUGCUUCCCACAGUUGUGUCAAGUUGGCUGGUGGACCAUUCUUGAUACACACAGGAAACUGUUGAACAUGAAAAACCCAGCAGCGUUAUUUUCACAUACAUCGGAUAGGUUCAGUGAAAUGUGUUGUUUUACAGGGUUAGCCAUAGUACUACGGCGUCCCUGGAGCAAAUUAGGGGUAAGUUCCUUUCGGCUCGGGUAUUCGAACCAGCAACCUUUCUGUUACUGGCCAAACGCUCUAACCGCUAGGCUACCUGCCAUCAUACCAAUGAUGACAUUGCUUAUUCCUGCUUGGAGCCUAUUAGCAUAUCCUAUUAAUGCCAUAAUUUACACAUGGCUGUCCCCAUGUACUCUCUAAUCUACCACGUUGACAUUAUGGGGAGGCAGCGAGUUGCCUGAGAUUUCGAUUGAAUUACCACUGUGCCCUGGCCUGCGCUGCUCUCCAGCCACACACUAAUUGGGUUAUACUGGCAUAUUUUCCCCUCAAUCUUUCCAAAGCCUGUCUUUUGCUCUCUCUCUCUCUCUCUCUCUCUCUCUCUCUCUCUCUCUCUCUCUCUCUCUCUCUCUCUCUCUCUCUCUCUCUCUCUCUCUCUCUCUCUCUCUCUCUCUCUCUCUCUCUCUCUCUCUCUCUCUCUCACUCUCUCUGUCUCUCUCUGUUUCCCUCUGUCUCUCUCUUUUUGUUUCUCUCACUCUUUCUCUGCCUCUUUUCGCCCUCCUUUUUCUCAGUAGCAUUUCUUUAAUGCAAAUUGUGAUUUGGGUAAAUGAAGUUUGGCAGCAGGCGGGUUUAAAUUUAGAAGCACUCUAAGAUAAUUGAUGGAUUGAAGUGUAGCCAACCUAUAAAACAUAAGAGCCAAUUGUAGGUACUUGUGCUAAGGGCUCAGGUUAAAUCAUAAAAGUAACAAGGCACGUUAUAUUAAUGAGAGGUGGUGCAACCGUAAGAUACAGGCCAUUUAUGAACUUUAAGGUCCAUUCAUAACAUCAUCUCAUUAUCUAUUCAGCUCUUAGAGCCUAUGUCUGUUUCUAUUUGUCAUGUUUUUAGUUUUCAGGGAAAUACCAUACUGUAAAUAUUGCACAUUUUGGUAUCUAUACUGUAUAAUAUAUAUACCGUAUAUAUUGCAGUGAUCAUAGUCUUCACCCAUAGUAUAGCCUAGUGAGUGAUCAUAAUAUUUUCUCAGACCACCCUUUACAUGUGUGUAUACUGUAUAGUAGGCCUAUGUACUGUAUACCUGAGACUGAUAUUAGUUUUCUUUUCCCUACAGACUCAGAGAGCCUUGUCAAUGGGAACCAUCAGUCCCAGUCGCGCCAUCCAGCCCCCGGUGAGAGAGACCCCCGCUCCGAGCAUAGUGCCAUCGUCAGCUCCAUCGAAAAGGACCUCCAGGACAUCAUGGACUCCCUAGUCAUGGAUGAUCCCCAGCCUUCCUCUUCAGACUCAAAAAAGCCAGACCACCCCAUCCCCCACUCCCCGCUGUCCCCCAUGGUCAACGGAGGAGGCCGAUACCUCCUCUCCCCUCCCACCAGCCCGGGAGCCAUGUCGGUGGGCUCCAGCUAUGAGAACACCUCCCCACCCUUCUCCCCCCUGUCCUCUCCCUCGGCAGCCAGCAGCGCAGGCAGCUACACCAGCCCCUCUCCCAGCGGCUGCCUGGACCCCCAGGACCCAUCUCUGCCCCCCGUGCCGGUCCGCUCAUCCAGCUACAACUACACAACUACACCACCCAUCCCCCAGCCAAGGACCAUACUGACCAACUACAGCCCGGCCGGCGUGGUGCAGAGGGUUCCUGAGAGCCCCAGGCUCCAGAGGAAAGGUCUCCUCGAGGCCCCCCAGAGCCCAAAGCCGGCCCGCAGAGGCCAGAGCCUGGAUAGCCCAGGGGGGAUGGGUUCAGAGAGCCCCAGACUGACCCACCUAUCUGUUGCCUCAGCCGAUGCCGGGUACAUGGGCAUGGGCAGGAGCGCAGUGCCAAGUAGCCCCAGACUCACUGCCAAGUUCCCCUACGCCUCCACGUCCUCCUCUCCAUCCAGCCCCAGGACGAAAGCGGGCACCAUCCUCCAGGAGCGCCCGGCCAGCCUCUUUAGAGAGCAGGUGGACCACUCCCUCACCUCCAGCCCUUCCAGACAGCUGCUAUCCCACACCAGCAGGGCCUUCCAGCCUCCCCUGGACCCCAUCGUCCACAUCAUCCAUGGGGGCUCUCCACUCCAGCAGCACCACCCCUUCCCCCACCCCCGCACGCUGCAGCCCCCAGAGAGCCCUCGACUGACCCGCAGGAACCUCGAGCUCAGCAGCGGUGUUGGGGGCAGCAGCAUGAAGGAGCUCCCCCCUCUCAGCCCCUCCAUGGCUCGCAGAGGGGUGCCUGUUCACCCGGGGGCUCUCCCUGGAAGUAUCCCCACGUUGAGAACGCCCGAGAGCCCAUCAUCAUCAUUGGGGAAGCUGGGAGUCCCGGAGAGCCCCAGGCUCCUACGCAAGGCUUGCUCCCCCCCAGAGGACCAGUUUGGCGGCAGUGUGGUCCGAGCCCGCAGCCCCUCCCCCACCUCAGGGCUGAUGAUGAUGGAGAGCGGGGGAGGGGGGAGGAAGGCCAGCUUUGGGAACGCCCUCUCCCCUGCUUACAGCCUGGGCUCCCUACCUGGCUCCUCGCCUCUCGCCAGCCCCAGGGGCCAUAGGAAGAUGUCCGGGGGCCCCCGGGAGCAGAGGGGCCCCCACCCAGGCAUGCGGGAGCGCAAAAACAGCAUCUCUGAGAUCAGCGACAACGAGGACGAGCUGUUGGAGUACCACCGGCGCCAGAGAGAGGAGAGGCUCAGGGAGCAGGAGAUGGAGAGACUGGUAAGUAGAGCGGCCUGCUCUUAGCUGGAUCAACUGUUAGCUGUGAGCAAGGCUAGCUGUUCAUACCAAUCAUCAUUGACCACGUGAUACAGAGAUACAGGGUAAUAGUAACCUAGAAGUUAUUAGAUUGGUUGAACAAUAUUUAUCCAAUUAAUACUAUCAAUUAAAUUACCAUAAAUUUUUAUACUGGUCAUCAAGAUGGUCUAGGCCUAGGGCAGUGGUCACCAAUCGCGAUCGACUGGCCGCAUUCCUAGUCCAUCGCCAAACAUUUCUGUCAAAAACCCAACGUUCCUAUUUUUUUUUAUUCCUCUUUUUAGCUGCCCUGCGUGCUGGGUAGGCGAAGUGUUCCUAUUUUGAACCAUUUCACCUGUCUGAAGGUAAAAACUCUGCCUUCCCUGCGUGUCUGGAGAGCAAAUCAAGUGCACUAUAGGCCUACCGCUGGCCAAUCAGAUGGCUCAGAUUACCAUGCCUGCAGUAACGGAGCACGCGUAAAAGAAAGCUACAGCAAAGUUGAUACUGUGAGAUUUGAAAACUUUUAAAACCAUGACUAGAGCGAGAAUGUCAACAAAUACAGCAAUGAGUGAGUUCAUGUUUAAGUUCUUACCCAGCUCUGUCAACACUUUUUAUUCAAAACUUUUAUAAGCCAUAAAAUGCACGUUCUUCCUACUUCCACUCGUGCUACAACCAGCACUGCAGCAGUAAUGAAUGAGUAGGAAAGUGUAUCUAUAGGCUUGCGUUGUUAUUAUUAGCGGCUUGGGUCUUUUUUAAUAUUGAGGAAUAUUUCACUUUCUCUGUUCAUAAGAGUAACAACAUGAAUUUGUGCAUGAAAUAAUGCGGUGCGACUAGAGUUUUCGCCAUCAGCUGGAAGACAGUGACUCUUUUUGGUCAGUGUCAGCGGAGGAAAGGGAGAGCGGAGGUACUUUGAGGCGAGCUCUCAGUCUGCUGCUCUCUCCCUCCGCUGAGUCUGACCAUCAGAUGCAGACUCCAUCAGCCGUGUAAAAUUAUUUAAAUGUAUGCUCACUCAGCUGUGCCUCACAAGUAAUACAACAACUGAUCUAUUACCGGCGUGAUCAGAUAGCCUACCUACAUUUUUUAAAUAUAAAUAUUUUUAAAUGGUCAGAAAAACAAUGCAUUGGCAGGGCAAUUCAAGCAAAGCCAAUAUGCGGCAAUAAUGUAUUGGGCCUAUAGCUUACUGCACAAACUUAAUUGCUACAGUAAUGUUUUAAUAUGUUAAUGUUGCAUAGGCUUAUGUUUUUUAAGCAAUGUUUAAAAAAAUCUGAGCGGUAGAUCUCUCUCCCUGCCUGUCUCUCUCUCUCUCUCUCUCUCUCUCUCUCUCUCCGCUAUCUAUCCAAUAAAAACAACAACGAAACCUGAACCUUCUUAGAUGGGCCUCCUCAUGGUUUUCACAUAAGAAUUAAAUCGUAAUUAUACCGUCAUACACAACAUGUUUAUGAUGAAGCUACUGGAUUUGCUGAGCUGUAGUUUGACUUGUAGCCUUUUUUAACCACCAUGUUUAGUCUUUCUCCAAUCAAGUGUUCCGCCACAUGACCAGAUAACCGUUUGUUUAACCUAAGAGGAUGGGAGUGGAGAGAACAGUGAAGUCCAUAUUUGUGAGGAAAAAGGAGGAGUAGGGAUUGUAAAAAACUCUGAAUCCCAACUGAAACCAUCUAAACUGCCGGCGGGCGGUGACUAAACAUCCAGGUUUUUCCAUGGCAACCCCAUUGUUUGUUUUCCCUUUUUGCACUAAAGAGGGGGAGGGAGCGGUCCCCAAUGAAGCGCCUGAGACAAUGUCCUUUAAAAUACUUUUAUAUGCGUGUGCCUCUGUGUGAUAACUCUUGUCUUCCUCCUUGUAGGUACACCAUAGCAAUAUAAUGACUAGAAUGGGGAAACCCCCUCAGACCAUGGCAAUAUGAAGUUACAGUAAUGGGUACAUUCUAUUUCUAUUAGUAGGGUGCCGCUGCCAAAAUGAGGGCAGUUCUUUUGGGCAGAGGAGGAAUGACUUGCCCUAGCUGCUCUGUGUACACUGGGUUACGCUCUGGUUCCCAACAGGAGCAUUACUUCCAUUACACAGCAGUAAAACCAUGUCUGGCAAUCCCAGAAUGGACACAAUCUAUCUUUGUCUACUCCAUCACCUCCAUGUGUUGGAAUAGGCUGCUGCCCUAAAUGAAAGAAAUGUCUCUGUUCCAGUUCAAUGAGAAAAGCAAUUGCCAGGAUUGUUAAGGACAACAAGGUCCUCCAACCCUUAGGCCUAUCAGUUAAAUUGUAUUUGUGAUUCUGUCUGUAUGGAUGGGGUUUAAAUUGAAAGGAUGGUUAUUACAGGGAACGUAAUGACCUUUGGUCUUAACCUUGUGCCAUUAGACUGGGAAAUAUUGACAUAGGACAGAAUGUAAAUAGCAGAAGGAAUCUCGAGGAAUGUACAUAAGCCAUGCGGAUAAGGCAUGUAGCUUAUAAAGGGAGGUACUAAGAAGGCGGACAGAUUGUAGAGAUUUAAGUUUUCUUUGUCACCUGCCGUUCUGACUUUCAAAAUGUAAGAUGGGUGGUUUGGUGAAUUACGUAAUGCCUGCGUGAUUAGUAACCUUGUCUGAAGCCAGAAGGCUUGCAUUAGCUACCUGAGCAAAUGCAUAGGCUUUAGCUUAGUGAGCUAUCUAUCACAAUUAUAACAAGAUUAAGCCCCUGGCAUAUGAGCUUUGCCACUGGUAUGAUAGUAUUUUCCUUGUAAGGCGGGAUCGAGAGGGGAGUACAAGUAUUAUAUGCGUUCAUUGUGAACCCAGGUGUGCUCAGCUCAUGCAGCACUAAAUGAAGGCUUUGGAUCCCGUAACCAUUAUUACCAUGAGGUAUUUCUGCAUCCGUUUUAAUCCACCCAAAGAUUCUGUUCUGUCCGGGUCUUUAAGAUCCAGCUAGACGCAGACUGAACUGUGCAGAGCUAAGCAUGACAUAAUGUCCUUGUAAGUGGAAGGCUUUAGACUCUUGCCGUGGUGCGAGACGGCAAAAGGCAGCACAGCGAGCCAAGCGUGACACAGGUCUUCAGUGUCUCUCACUGGAGCUGCCAGGGGGAGUGGGAGGGGUAUGGGGGAAGGGGAGGUGGAGGGCAGUGUACAGUCCAAUCAUCGAGGCUAUAUUUACCCCAAAAGAGCCACACUUUCUGUACCCAAGGACCGCCUGUCUGUCUGUCUGCUCACCGUCUGUCUAUCUGUCCAUCUGUCUGUCAGAAGUCAGUCUGUCAGUCUCCCAGCAACAUGUUGCAGGCCAGGCCAAGCCAGGCCAGGGGUAACUAACUGCACUUUGUCGCCAAGUUAUUUCCGGAUGCAGUCAGUCAGACCCUGGGGAUCAGUGUCAUGCCUGAAGCAAAGAGGUAUGCUGGGUACAGCUAUCUAUCCCUACAGAGGGAGGCAACAUAAGCUUUCUCUGGCAUCCUAAUAAACUAACAGCACUGUUUAUACAUAGGGCUUGUUAACUGUACCAAGGAUACUCAAUUAUUUGUGUGUUCUGGAAAGACAUUUGUGUGUUCUGUGGACCGAGAAAACAUAAGUGUUCACCAGGGACGACCUCAUUCAUACCGUCUGUUUACAAUGUUUAUACAGCACCUUUAUUAUCUUUCAUCCAAGUAUCACGUGCCACAUAAACCUGUGAAAUGCUAUCUUAAGAUUUUAUUUUUGCCAGCCAAUCAGAAGUGAGCUCUAUAUCAUAUAGGAGUCCAGGCAGUUAAGGAUAUUAUUUCUAAGCUGCCUUUGAGUUGUAGUGCUGCACAUGGUUGCUUAGUGAAACACUGCCUUGGCAAACACACUUGGCAUAUGGCGUUAGUCACUGGCUGGCUGAUCUGACUGUCAGACAGAUAGUGUUAUGAAAACGCCAGUCUACUGAUGAUUACCUCAUUGUUGUAAUAGGAAGUCCAAGGAUGAUGACAUCACAUAUUCCAUUACCUUAUAAUGCUGACACGUUUCGUCAGGCUCACAGCGAAAUUUCUAAACUUAGCUAAACAAAAAUGCCCACAUUCUUCUCAGAAUUAGAAUGGAUACAAUUUAGGUUAUUAUUGUUAGUUCUCUCUAGCUCGAGGGACAUAUUUGUUGUCCAGAAGAAUUUAAGACCUUCAUUGAAGUUUCUAUACUGCUUUACCUUGAGAGCAUUAUUUUCUCUCUCCCUCUGUCUCUUUCGCCCCCUCUCUUUCUCUUUCCCUUUCUCUUUGUGCAUGCAAUUCUGUCUAUGAAGAAUUUCUAGCAAAGCGAGAAUUACUUUUCAAUGUCAGAGAGAAAGGUUUGAUCUUCACGGGAGAGAGAACGGUAUUCUCUGCAUGACUUGCAUCUUUGUCAGUGUUCACAUGGAUUAGCACACCAAAUAUACCCAGGACACCAAAUAUAUUCUCACCUGUACCGUCCUGUCAUCGAACAGCAUGGCCUAAGUUUAGAAUUACAACAAUGCCCGGUCAGUCAGUGGUCAAGCUCUGUGGUCAAGCAGCUUUGGUUGAUUUAAUGACUUUUAUAAUUUGUAGUUCUUCUAGCAGUAUACGACUUUAUUAUUAUAACCACAUUUCAUCAUUAGGCCUAGAAUAUGAACAUCCAUGAAGGCUUAUAUACGCGUUUGUUUGUUUGUCCGUUUAUGUGUGUUUGUGCAUACCUGUGUUUGCGUGGGUGCAUCCUUUUGUGUGUGUGUGUGUGUGUGUGUGUGUGUGUGUGGUUUAAAACACGGUGGGUGUCGUGUUUACUAGCGGAUUAUAGUGAUCCCCACAGCUUGAUUGAGAAAAGACAAAAGAGAGUGAAUGAGAGAAAGGGUGAGGGAGAUACUGUCAACUCACAGUAUCACAUCAAAUCUCUCAUUCAGACUCCAUUUGAAGGGAAGCUAUUUUAAUCUAGUCUGUGUGAAUAACAAUCAAUAUGCUCUGUGUCUAUUUUAAGUUCUCUGUGUCAGUCCUCUGUAGCUCAAUUGAUAGAGCAUGGCGCUUGUAACGCCAGGGUAGUGGGUUCGAUCCCUGGGACCACCCAUACGUAAAAAUGUAUGCACACAUGACUGUAAGUCGCUUUGGAUAAAAGCGUCUGCUAAAUGGCAUAUUAUUAUAUUAUUAUUAUUAGUUCUACCGCCCCAUUGUCACGAUUUGCCAAGUACGACACGCUACCAUGCUUUUUCAAAGCAAUCAUUGGUUGGGUGCUUACGACGGCAUGUGCGGUGAACAAAGAUAUGUUAGGCUAUCUGCAUUCAGAGAACAUUCAGUGAGGGAGAGGUCAUAGGGCUGUCACAAUUAUCGUAUAAUCGUGUAAUCGACAAUUAUGGACAAUAACCGUGAACUGAAAUGUGUUUUCGUCAUAACCGUCUUAAUACAUUCAUUUUAGAUGAAGGCGGCAUAACCGUCUUAAUACAGUCAUUUUAGAUGAAGGGGGAUUCAACUUUAUAUUCAAGUUUACCCAAUAGCAGUUUUUCAUUUUUACAUGAAUUGGGUAAAUCAUUUUAGCAGAUCGGCAGGGUCAGGAGGAGAAGCUUCAUUUCCAAAAGUUGCAAGCGGUCAAAAACAUUAGUUUUUAAGACAGGGGUGUCACCAAAGCUGUGUUGUAUUCAUUAGGUAUCUCGUAGCAAAUUUUCAAAGAUGCUCUAUGAUCCAUUACAAGCUCAAAACAUUUAUUUGUAAUAAAAAUUACAAUUAUGACAAUCACUGUAGCCAUUUUCAUGACAAUUAAUCGUUACCCCAAAGUCCAUAAUUGUCACAGCCCUAGGAGAGGACACCUCUGUCUGAAAAGAGGAAAAGGGAUAGUUCAGAAACGUUUUUUGGACAAAAAAUGUUGUUCUAAAAAAGUAUUGUCUUUCCACAAGAGGGGGUAUCCUCAAUUUACUGUAUUUGAGUAGAGCUCCUAUUCUACGGUCUCCCAAGGGACUGCAGAAACAAGUCUCAAGACUAGAGCAUUGUAAACAAAUAGGCCCCCAAUAGCCUACUUCAUUAAAAAACACAACUUGUUUUUCUGAUCUGUUGAUUUGGCUGUAGGAUUCUUUAUAUUUUAUAAAUUCUAUUAGGAUAUAAAUAUUAAUCAGUAACAUAGGCGUGGUUAUGUAAGCCACAUCCCAUUUGAGGAAGUCAGCCCCAUGUGUCUAAGCCCCUCCCCCUGGGCCCGAGGACAGAGGAAUGAUCUUCAUCCGAGCUCUUUUGAAACGUGAGGAGGUGAAUCACAGCUGAACAAGCCAGCACUGGGAACAGAACCUAGCAAUAGAACCACAGUGCAGCCACAGCUUACUGUACAUACUACACUGAUCUAUGACCAGUAAUGGAGCGACGUAAAGUCCUCAGUGGAAGCGGAUGGGAAGCUCAUAGAGUGGGACAGAGCAGGGACCAAGCCAUGCUGUACUUACUCUCUCUGGCUCAGGAGGACCCAUCUUUCCUCACCAAUGUGGCUGCACUCAUGAAGGUAACAGGGGACAACUCUAAUGUUAACACAUGUGGAACAGUUGCUGAUGUCUCUAUAUUUAAAUGUGAUUUGGUAUGUGUCUGUGUGUUUGGAUGGUGUUAUUGAGGCUUGUGUAGGGCGGCAGGUAGCUUAGUGGUUAAGAGCGUUGUGCCAGUAACAGAAAGGUCACUGGUUCUAAUCCCCGAGCCGACUAGGUGAGAAAUCUGUCGAUGUGCCCUUGAGCAAGGCACUUAACCCUAAUUGCUCCUGUAAUUAUUAUUAUUAUUAUUAUUAUUAUUAUUAUUAAGUUGCUCUGGAUAAGAGCGUCUGCUAAAUGACUAAAAUGUAAAUGUAAAUAUAUUCAUUGUUUCGUUGGUUAUAACUGCAUUACCAAGAGAGAGCUAGACAGACAAGUUUAAACUGUUAAUGCAAUUAUUGUUUGUUGUUCCAGAAUGGAUGUGGAAUUGGGAGGAAACUAUGGGGUGUGUGUUUACGUGUGUGUCUGCCUGUGUCUGCUUGAGUUGGUGUGUGUGUUUGUGUGCGUGGGUGUGUGUGUUUUGUUGAGGUCAUAGGCUGUGCAUUUGAUGAGCCAUUCACAAUGGUGGCUUUCAGAUUAACAGUGGCUUUUUACGGUUUAAAACUGUUUUUAGACUUUGGAGAUUUGGCUGGUUAGAGCCAAAUGAAUCAUUCAGAUGUUCAUUGGCAAACUUCAGACGGGCAUGUAUACGUGCUUUCUUGAGCAGGGGGACCUUGCGGGCGCUGCAGGAUUUCAGUCCUUCACGGUGUAGUGUGUAAACCAAUUGUUUUCUUGGUGACUAUGUUCCCAGCUGCCUUGAGAUCAUUGACAAGAUCCUCCCGUGUAGUUCUGCGUGGUGAGAUCUUGCAUGGAGCCACUCAGAGAAACAUCCGGGGGGUGGGGGGGGGGGGGGGGGGGGGGGGGGGGGGUUUGGCUGUUGUCUCAUUAAUAGAGGCAUCAUUGGUUUUGAAUGCAAGCCAGUUCGACCAGGGAAAACAAGUUUCCUCUCGAACAUAGUCAGUGAUACAGGCUGCAUCCCAAAUGGCACCCUAUUUUACCCUAUGGGACCUGGUCAAAAGUAGUGUACUAUAUAGGGAAUAGGGUAUCAUUUGGGACAGAGACACCAGCACAGGAUGCUGCUGGAGGGCUAGUCUUCCAUGUGGCUGUUUGAAGCUUCCGUUCCAAUUAGCGCGAGCUAGUGACUAGUGUCACAGAAACUGCCGUGUUUUUCAUCUGCCUCCCUGGAACUGUGCAUGAUAAAAAAGCAAGAGGAAGAAACAAAAGAAGAAAGAGGUCAAUCAUCAAUGUGGUUGUUUUCCAAGUGUUCACUGCACUAAGGAGAUUGUGAGGUUCUUUUAUCCCUUGGGUUAUGAGUUGUGAAGAAUGCCAUUGUAUCAGUGAGACUCUCUGAAUUUGUUCUUGGUAACUCGGCGGGUGUCCUUGUUGCAUGUCUACAGUGCAACAUUUAAGCAAUACCAAAACAUGUUCCAAUCCAACGCCUGACGAGAUGCCUACGAUAUGGGCAUUCCCCACAGGGGUGUUUGGUAUUUUCCGGACGUCUUCUAGUUGUUGAGCAGACGUUAGAAAAAUACAGAUUUAGGUUGUUUUCUGGUCAGUAUAUACACUGAGUGUACAAAACAUUGACAUAGACUGACCAGGUGAAAGCUAUGAUCCCUUAUUGAGUCACUUGUUAAAUCCACUUCAGGAGGCAGGUUAAAUAAUGUUUUUUAAGCCUUGAGACAUGGAUUGUGUAAGUGUGCCAUUCAGAGGGUGAAUGGGCAAGACAAAAUAUUUAAGUGCCUUUGAAUGGGGUAUGGUAGUAGGUGCCAGGCACACCUGACGUUAUUGUAACCAGUUUUGCUCACUGGGAAAAGGAUGCAGAAGUGCAUAACAAGGAGGACAAGAGACUGAGAGAGAGGAACAGAAAAAAGGAAGAAGAGAGAGGCUGGUACAAUUACUGAUUCACAUUGGAAAGAAGGCUAGAAUGAGGAAGAAAUGCUUGGAUACAAAGAAUAGGCCUAGUCGUUAAAUGUUAAGGAGAGUGGCAUGUGGGAAAGAUACUGACUUACUCAAAGAAAGAGGAUGUUGGGAGAGUGAGGGAUAGAUAGUCAGAGUCCCGGUGCUCAAGGAAUGCCUGGAAAUAGAUGGCUAGAAAUGAAUGUGCCGGAAUGUCCCAACGAGGAGCAUCAAUCACUUUCUGUAAGACGCCAUUAAUCCUCACUCGACUCUUUAUCAAAUCUCUCACGUCAAGCAAUUACCCUAACAUUUUACUGGAAUGUUAUCUCCUUUGACUUUCUUAACUGUACACUUCAUUUACUCAUUUAAUCACUGACACUCGGUUAGCUUAACAGGCUAAGUACAUUCUGCUAAUAUGAUAAGGAAAGCUAAUGAUGCUUAGAGAGCUCGCUAUGAGUGUGUUGUGCUGUCAGAUUUUGUCUGUUGAUGAAUUAUUAAUGGCGGUGGGAGGAAGAAUGACUCAGUAAACAGUGCAGAACAACAUUAAAUAACAAGGAAUGAGUCAUGGCUAAUUGGAACGUGGGUGGGUUAGUUGGUGGAAAGAACUGCCAUCUCUGAAUUGCAACCAGUUUGACUAUAGAGAAGUACUGUCAACCCGGACCUUGGCUUUUCUGGGUCUGUUGGUUCAAAUCCCAGGUUGGCCAUAGCAGGGAUGGACCUUGUUGUACAGUAUUUUACUUCUCAUUAAGUAUUUUCCUGUGGAGCAGACAGACUGCAGUGUAGUCGUAAGGCUGGUUGUGGUUUAGACUUGUGACUGAGCUUAUCCCUUGAGUCACGCUUUAGCAGAUAAGGAAAGAGGCCCAUUUGGAAUAAGUCUCUAGCUUGGCUGGGAAAUCCAGUCAGCAAGCUGGAUCUGCUACUACCGCAACGCUACCUCAACGCUGGAGCAACAUCAAAUUCAACUCUUCCAUCUGAAUAGGUCAGACAUGAGAACAUGCAGUAUGUACACUAGGUAGGAAUGUGAGUCAGAGGCUUGUUUAUUGAUGGCACUAAAUAUAUUUAAUUGUCAGCCCUACACCUCCCUGUUUACACAGGUCUGGAGACAGUGGAGGGGUUUGGGGGUGGGACUCUGUAGAAGGGCUGUGUUUGUUUAUCUGUCUCAGGCAGGGAGACUUGGAUUUAUUUGAGUGGGACUCCAACGAGCCACACUGUCCUCCUAGAGCUGUGCCUUUUCACACGUCCACUAUGAGAGUAAGUAGCCCAUUCUGAUUUGCUGACUUUGAUUUGCUGUACUGUAGAUGAUCAAAUAGAAUUUUCAUUGGUUGAUUGAUUUAAUAAUUGAUAGUUGUUUUUUGACUCUUGAACAUGGUGAACUUUAAACAACAAAAUAAACAACUUAGUUAUGAGGGCGUCUAAUUGAAUAAUCAAAAGCUAUAUCACAAUCUUUGAAAUCGGUUGACCAGUUGUCUCUAUUCAGAUUUCUGUAGCAGGUAACCAGUUUCUGAUUAUUCUCACUGCUUAUACUAUAUAAAACUUUGCAGACGUUGUUUAGUAUUAGGUCUGUGGCCUACAUAUACUGAACAAAAAUAUAAACGCAACAUGCAACAAUUUAAAAGAUUUUGCUGAGUUACAGUUCAUAUAAGGAAAUCUGUCAAAUGAAUUAAAUUCAUUAGGCCCUAAUCUAUGGAUUUCACAUGACUGUUCAGGGGCGCAGCCAGGGGUGGGCCUGGGAGGGCAUAGGCCACCCACUUGGGAGCCAGUUCCACCCACUGGGGAGCCAGGCCCAGCCAAUCAGAAUGAGUUUUUUCCCACAAAAGGGCUUUAUUACAGACCUAAAUACUCCUCCGCACCCCCCCGAAAGUACAAAACCGAAAGUAAAAGAAGCAUAAACAAAAUGUAAGAACGGGAAGCAUAGAAAUAGCGCACAUGGAACAGAUCUACCGCUUCUUAGACUUGCUUUCAAGUAGAAUAAUAGAUCUGUAACUUUUCUAUGUGAAUUUGGUCGGGUCGUCCAAAAAGUUACAUAUUGACACUUUGUCUGUGGUGGCCUGGGAUCUGAACAUAAAAACACCUUAGGCGCUGGGAGCUCUGCUUGCAAAACAAAAGAGUGUACUUCGUGCUCAAACAAGAGGAGUAGAGGUGCUGAAAUGGUGCAUUAGAAGGUGAGGUGCUCCACUCUUGAAGGUCUUUUUAGACACUAGCUCUGCUUGCAAAAAGCGAAGAAAAAAAAUGUACUAGCAAUUUGCUGGAGUUAGCAAAGUCCUGGCUACCAGUCACUGAACAUAGGAUCAGAAAAUCACAUAAUGUGAAGGUUGCUUCUACACUAAUUUGACACUGUGAUGCUGAUUUAUGUACAGAGAAACACAUGGGUAUUACAGCAACAGAAAUCAGUCUAGGCUCUUUGAACCUAGCCACUAUAUUCAGACAGUCUGUUCGAAUGACACAGAGAUUAUGUUGACUGUCGGACUGUUGGACUGUCGGUUAACUUUCUAACAGCAUCAAAGUCUGCAAAAAGUAAACAUGCCCACAUAGAGGUGGUGUGAAUAGAGAGAACAUACAGUAUGUUAUCCAGACAUUCUUUGCAGACCUGGGUUCAAAUAGUAUUUUCUUCCAAAUAUUUACGCAGCACUGUCUGGCACAAUGGAACCAAUGGUAUAGUCCCAAAAGUGUAAGCCUGCCCGUAUGGCACUCCAGGCCGGGUCGAUCAAAUGCUCAAAGUACUUGAAAACAAAAACAAAUACUUUUUGAACCCAGGUCUGAUUCUCUAUAGUCCAGGGCUAUGCACUGCCAGCCAGGUCCUGUUACAUGGUAUAAGAGAAAAGCUGAUGGAUUUGUUGUGCCAUUCAAACUUUAAAGGCCCAAGAACGCCUGCUGUCGGUAUGCUCUGUUUCUUAAUAGGCUACAUUCUUAGCAAACAAAAAUGCAGGGAACAAGAGACACCACAUUUCCUAUGUUUUCCUCAGAUGUUGGUGUUGUCAGGCCUGCAUUUUCUAGACCUAAUUCACUAAUCAGUGAAUCCAGAGAGGAAAGGCAUGGUGCCAUUUUCAGAUGAAAGCCAGUAAGAUGUGGGUGUUGUGCAUUACAAAUGGAGGCUCCACUGUUGAUGUGCUUCCUUCUCAUAUCUCUAGUGAACAUAUUGUAGCCCAGGGCUUGUUCUUCUAACCCUCUGUUAAGUGAAGCUGGCUAGCUCAGUUUACAGGUUAAGGUAAUGUAGGGUUUGGUGUGUAGAACCCCCAUCAGAGGACCCCUCUUACCUAAAUCACAGGAAAUCACUGUCUGAGUGCGCAUCAAACAGGUCUAGAGCCUACCUCCCUCCUACCUCCUGACAACAUUAGUCACGUGCUACAUGUAUCCCUAGUUAGUUAGGUGUUACCUAGUUUGUUUUAGACCUUGCUAUCAAAUCUUACUGAGUAAUGUGGUGGUGGUGCUAUUUCUAUUUCCAUGAGAUCAACAAAGUUGAUCAAAACGUCUCCUUCGUCUGAAAAUACAAAACAUACUUCAUCCGAAAAAAGUGAAAUGGAUUUAUUAUUACGUUUUAUAAUAUUCUUUGUCUGUGUUUAUCUGUCUGACCACUGUAUUCUACUGACUGCCUAAUAACCUUUUCACACUACUUAGUCGAGCUGAGCUGUACUGCGCUGGCCCGGUUACCGGAACCGUGCUGGAAAGAUCAAUGUGAAAAGAAAAUCCAAGUCAGCACAAUACAGUUGGUUCGACACAUUAGAGGGAAAAGGGUACUAGUAUCUCUGUAAGACCAGAGUCACUGCGUCUGCAGCACGGGGUUUACAGCAGGGGCCAGUUGACCUUUAGGGGUUAGAGGUCACCUUAGAGGUCACCUGGUGAUGCAGCAGUCCAUUGCUGCUCAGAGGUGGGCCAGCACACAUCUUAGAAUGACACCUGUUUCUACAAUCACUGUGUUUGUGAGACCCCCGAGUAGGAGCUCUAGACACUGGUAAUGCACUGCAAGCUGUGCUACGUCUUGUUGUUUCAGGGGUGCACAGGCAGCCUAUAUGUCUGCUCAUUGGGAUCAAGACACGGUUGUCAGUAUAGUACCUACUGUCAACCUACUAACUUCGAAUAGGUUUUUUCCCUGACCACGUGACCUGGCUCUUGGCCCCAGUUAUAGGCAAUGACACAAUAACUAUGAACACACCAACAUCCACAAACAUGUCAGUUAAGGGAGUUUUAUUUUGUUUGGUAGGAGUGUGAUCUGUACUGCGUAUUAGGCAGGCUUGGUCUGGCCUAGCCAUGGCUGGAGCUAGAUCUGUCCCUGAUAAGACCUGGUUCCUCCACACAGGAAAGACGCCAUCACUGGGGGGAAGAUGGGUUCUGGGGAAGGGUCCUGUUUAUCUCCACCCACCUCUGAAUUGCUCAUUUCCAGAUUGGCAUCAGUGGCAGCCACACACAGGAAAUGAGAUUUGGGGUGAGGGCGAGGAGGAGGACAUAUUUGCAGCUGAGGCUGGAUGUAAUCAGUUCUUCUAUGUUUCUGUCUGUCCACAGGAGAGGCAGAGGUUGGAGACCAUCCUGAACCUGUGCGCCGAAUACAACAAGGGCGACGGGCCCUUGGGGGGCGAGGCGGAGGGGAGGAUGGGCUUCCCUGGGGGCCUGGGACCGGUGGAGGGGGCAGCCAGUAGACCCUGUAUGGACAGCUCGGUGCAUCGUAGCAUGGCCCAGAGACAACAGAGGGAGAGCGACGAGGAGAACCUCAAGGAGGAGUGCAGCAGUACGGAGAGCACCCAUCAGGAGGUGAGGACGCCACUUCCUCCACAGGCCCUCCACAAUGGAGACAGAUAUCAGGUCAGACGCAGGGCCGUCUAUUUUCACUUUCAUCAUUUGUAGUACUUACUAUGAGAACUACAGGCAUGACAUACUAGUACUUACUAUGAGAACUACAGGCAUGACAUGCAAGUACUUACUAUGAGAACUACAGGCAUGACAUACUAGUACUUACUAUGAGAACUACAGGCAUGACAUACUAGUACUUAUUAUGAGAACUACAGGCAUGACAUACUAGUACUUACUAUGAGAACUACAGGCAUGACAUGCAAGUACUUACUAUGAGAACUACAGGCAUGACAUACUAGUACUUACUAUGAGAACUACAGGCAUGACAUACUAGUACUUAUUAUGAGAACUACAGGCAUGACAUGCAAGUACUUACUAUGAGAACUACAGGCAUGACAUACUAGUACUUACUAUGAGAACUACAGGCAUGACAUACUAGUACUUACUAUGAGAACUACAGGCAUGACAUACUAGUACUUACUAUGAGAACUACAGGCAUGACAUGCAAGUACUUACUAUGAGAACUACAGGCAUGACAUACUAGUACUUACUAUGAGAACUACAGGCAUGACAUACUAGUACUUAUUAUGAGAACUACAGGCAUGACAUACUAGUACUUACUAUGAUAACUACAGGCAUGACAUGCUAGUACUUACUAUGAGAACUACAGGCAUGCCGUUGAUAUGAGAACAGCAUGCAAGUGCUUACUACAUGCAUUUAAAGUGGAAAAUUGCUAGACAUAGCCUGACCUAGACAUAGCCUGACCUAGACAUAGCCUGACCUAGACAUAGCCUGACCUAGACAUAGCCCGAUUUUGACAUAGCCUGACCUAGAUGUAGGCUGACCUAGACAUAGCCUGACCUAGACAUAGCCCGAUCUUGAAUUCUGAAAUGAUUGAUGGUCAAAAGGACACAGCAUGAAGUUCACAACAUUUGUUUGCCAAGCAACAGUGUUUAACAUGGAGGCAUGUGAUGUGAAUAGUCCCUCCCUAAUGUGUGUGUCUGUGUGUGUGUGUGCGUGCAACAUGGUCAGAAACAGUUAACUACUGCACAUGGGGCCAUGCUCUUCGCACUUAUAUGUAACAAUGUGCCUGCCUCUUCUGUCUCUCUCCCCCUUCAGCAUGAAGAGCAGUCUGUUUCGUGCGGUGUGGGGCGGGCAGAGCUGGGUUACCUGGAGGACGAGAGGGUCAGAGUGCUGUCCCGAGUCGACGAGCUCAAAUCACGAAUCACAGAGCUGGAGCAACAGCUACAGGAGUCCAAGCAGGAGGUAGGAAAGUCCAUCAGUUCAAUUUCCAGAUGGUAGGCUACUUCUAAUACUAGAAAGAUAUGUGGGGAAGCUCAAUGAAACUAUACUGUGUGUGUGUGUGUGUGUGUGUGUGUGUGUGUGUGUGUGUGUGUGUGUGUGUGUGUGUGUGUGCAUAUGUGUGUGUGGUUCAUUCACAGACAUUUAGUCACACAAACAAGCAGAAAGUGAUAGAAUGAGCACUGGGUGGUGUCACGUCACACGCACCGCUAGGCUGUGAUUGGUCUGCUGUCUGUCAGAGAGCUCUGUGAUUGGAGCAGGGGGCUCAGGGGGGCUCAUGUAUGACGUGUGUGUGUGUGUCCCGUUCCCAGGCGGAGAUGGAACGGGCGCUGCUGCAGGGGGAGAGGCAGGCGGAACUGGACCAGAUAGAGGCGGAGACGGAGAUCAUUGGACAGCUGCAACACAAGCUGAACGAGCUGGAGAACGCCAUCCAGAGGGAUAAAGACAAGGUAGGGCAUUGGGGGAAAAGACACACACACACACACACACACACAGAGCAUAAUCUCCUGUACACAGUAAGCAGUCUUACCACCUGCGGAUUAGUUCUAGCUUCAUUUAUAAACUUCUCAUUACAACGUUACUGUGUUGUAUUUUAAUGGAGAAAGUAAUUUUGUUAGUGAACUGUUUGUGUUGUCCUAGCACUCUGAGAGAAUCCUUAUUGGAAAGAUGGUGGGUAUGCAGACAGGGAGGUGAGAUUUGUGAGAUUUCAACAUUGUGUUGUUUAAACACCACAGACACAACCCAAUCCUCCUUUCCCUCCACUGGACUGUCUGUUAUAGGGCCUGUUCAGGAGGAUGUAACAUUACAGAACGUUCACAUAGAAAUGUAUCCUGUAGAACAGGAAUACCAUUUUCUGACGGAUAGAAAAGGGAUUCAUGGCAUCUUUAUUCGUGAUAUUUCUAUCUGCAACGUUCCGAACGUUUCACAUCACUGAAUAUACAACUUGUAAGCCUCAAAGGGACUGAACAGCCUUUUCUGGUCUCUUGACAUUCCUUAAAGGCAUUGCCAAAUCCUGGAUGGCUUCCCAAGACCGUAUCUAGUUGGUUUUGCCAUCCCAAGGUAAAUUCACCCAGCCAUAGCAGUCGCUCUUCAACCCCCCCCAGCGAGGAAUGCGCCAUCCUUCCAUCUGUUAUAUGUAUUGAUUUUUUACCUUCGAAGAGCUUUGGACGAUGGCACUUAGACUUAAUAUGUGUUUUUUCUUUAUUUUUGUUAUUUUAUUUUCCUUGGUGGUUUCUCUCUCUCUCUCCUCAGGGCUUUUUCUUCUUCUUCUGCAGCUCGGCUCCACUAACCAGCCUCCAUUAACCUCUAAUCCUCUCACUGCUUCACUCAGCAACUUCCUCUCCUCCUUUCCCUCUCCUCCUUUCCUCCACUGUCCACUGUCCUGAAAUCCAUCUAGGUUAUUAGCACUUGUCUUAAAUGUGUCCCAAAUGGCACCCUAUUCCCUAUAUAGUGCACUACUUUUGACCAGGGCUCAUAGGGCUAUGAAGGGAAUAGGGUGCCAUUUGGGAUGUAGGUGUGAAUCGAUCCUUUGGGUUUCUACUUCGCUGAAGCUUUCAGGACUGGAUGCUAGUGGGUAUGAGUGGCUGGUUACUAAAAGUAUAUCUGUGGGAGUCCUUUUAGGACAAUUGUGUAGGCUACACCGCAGACUGCAUUCAUACUUCACAACAUUACAGAGGGUCUCUAUCUGAAGGCUUUACACAACUGUAUGUUGUUUUCACCUAGUCAUGUCACUCCACUGUUGUAGGCUUUAUGUAGACACACUUAAACUGAGAACCUGAAAGGCUUAAUUUUCUUGUCUUUCCUUCUUAAGGCUUUUUAAAAAUCUUGUUAUUUGUAUAUUACUGACAAUUUUGGAGAGUCUCUCGCUUCCUGUGUUCAAGGUAGAACCUUGAGACCCUGUUGGUCUGGCUCAGUUAAAACUACAAAUCAAAACAAAAGCUUAAACUUGAAAACUACCUGUAUUGUAUUGUCCCCUUCUCUACUUUUAUUGCCAUUGGUCACAGACAGGGGUGUAGCCAGAGCAGGGUGACAGUUAGGCAGAUUGAAGAAAAGGAGUGCCACUCAAACCCCAAAGCACCGCCCACACCCCUCUCCCACCCAGUGACUUUAGAGAAUGCACUAAUGCUAAAAAGGUUAUUGGUCUGCAGAACAUGUCCCUCUCUUUCGUGCAUGGUCUACUCUACUGGUUAUACAGUGGUGGCCCUCUAGAGGUAGUUUAUCAGGGACUUUCACUACAAUCAGACCCAUGCUAUAACUCCGUCUCUCCUUAAUUCCAUACAUCCUCUCCUCUUCUUCUCAAAACAUAUUGGAGGAAAAGAUCCAAGGUUCUUCCACUUUGACCUUCCAUUGCAUUUCGAAGGAGACGAGGAGAGCCCACGCGGGGAAUCGAGGAGAGACUAUUGCGAAAGAGCUCCAUACUGUACCAGAGAGAGCUUCUAUUUCCUCCAGGGGUUUUGAUUUCAUAUCACAGCCUGGGUGUCAGAGCACUAGAGUUACCCAUGCUUACACUGCCUGCACUCACAUGCUGCAAUAACAACAAAGAUCUGUUGUUAUUGAUCGUUCCGUAAGCUUUUAACCAGACGCCCAGAGGGGACCCAACCCUGCUACCCUUCAGUUAACAGCAGUUCAUGCUUUAGCAGUGGACCUUACUAUUAUCAAGUGUUUUGUUUAAUUUGGUAUGAGUGAACCCACGAAGUGCCUGGAAAAUAACGGAUAGGUAUUUUCUGCCGAUGUAUAAUACAGUAGUUGACAUUUUCUUUCAAGCACAAUAGCAACCAACCAUGAUAACUAAAGCAACAAACUAAUUAGUAACGAUAUGCUGCUCAUGGUUCAUUUUGGGAAGCCCGAAGAAGCAUGAAUGUGACUUCUGAUCAUUCAGGCAUGCCUACACAUCCAGUUAUAAACCUAUUCAAAACUAACUGGACUGACCUAAAGUAUUAAUACCAAAGCCACAUGAAAAUCUAGAUAGGCCAAUAAUAUAUAUAUGUUUUUGUAAGCCACAUGAAAAUCUCUCUAUCUUCAGAAACAACAAAAAGAGUAGAAGUACUCUGAUGUGAAAAAACAACAACAGCUGAGCCAAAACAAAUAAACUAUUCCCAUUUCAUGUUUGAUGAAAUAGCAAAAUCUCCUGUUCUGUCGCAGACCAGUGUUACCAUGAGCAUCGAACCCUGCUGCUUGGAAAUGUCUGGGAACAAGAAGUCUGUUUGGACCUGUUUGAGGCCUGGGUCGUGUUCAUUAGGCACCGAAAGGGGGAAAAAACUGAUUUAAACAAGGCGGAACUACCUAAUUUUUGCUUUCAAUUGCAGUUUUUAAAAAACAUUUUCAGUGUUGUGCCCUAAUGAACACAACCCUGCAGUCCAGCACUUUUAAAGUUAGUCACUGGGGAUUGAUUUCACAGUACUAUAAACUCCACAGAUGCCCCAUGUCCCUCCUCUGGCUUAUCCACUGUUGUGACCUCUAACAUCGGAAGCAUUUUGCAUGGCGUGGAUUUGAGCAAGUGUGUUUUUUUUGCUUUCUCUCUCUGUUGUCUCCCCCCCCCCCCCCCCCCCCCCCCCCCUUCCUCUCCUCCCUCCCACCCCGGACGGUGUGUUCUCUUUCUAGGAGAGGGCAAAUGUUGACGCAGAGCGCCGAGCCCUGGAGAGCCUCCAGGAGGGCUACAGUGAGCUGAAGAACCAGCUUCAUAACUGCCCAGAGUCACUGAGGGAGCAUUUACACGAACAGCUCAAAAGGGUCAGUCGCCAACCACCACCAAGACCACCACCCCCAACCACCCCUGAGACCCACCUCCAGAGACAGCCAGCAUCCUCCCAGCCCUAGUACCCCUCCACACACCCACCCACUCCCUCCACCCUCGUCUCUGAGCUACGCUAAUCCACCAUUUUGAAGGGAAAUUCCAGCAGCGCCACAUCGCAAUUAGCGUAUACUUACCUCCAGAUUAUUGAAGUACCCAGUAAGACAAUGACAUGUUCAGGAAAAGCUGAAGUGGUGUCCUUACGGAUUUACAAGUAUAAUGUCUACUGAUCUCCUGGAUAAAGUGCAUAGAAGGCUGCACUUGACGGCCAAAGAAACUGAAUUGGAAUUCAAAUUCUAUGAUGAUAACUGAUGUAAAACGUUCGUAAUAUCCAAGAAGAUGGCAUACAGAUUUUAUGGUAGGUUUCCUGGACACAGAUUAAUCCUAGAUCUGGACUAAAAAGCGUGCUCAAUGGAGAAUCCACAUUGAAAACGCUUUAUAGCUCUGGACUAGGCUUAAUCUGUGUACAGGAAACCUGCCUUUAAUGUUUAUGCCAGAUGCCAGUCUGUGAUUGCUGCACAGUAGGCUACACCAUCUUGGUAUCAUAAGACCUGGUGCAUACCUCUUCAGAUACUGUUACUGGGACCUUUACCCCUUUAGCCGGGACCUGUUGCACUCUGCACGUAUGAAAAUCCUGUCUUGUGCCCCUCGCCUACGUGCUAAUGCCACAAGCUGCUGGAAUUUCUCCUCUCCUCUUUCCGCCUCAACGAUGUGCCUCUGAGCAAACAGAAGGAGUGUCAAAAUGGCGUCUGGUGACUUCGGUGGCGAGGUGCUGCAUUGUGGUGAUUUCUGGGUCAUAUGUGUGUUGCAUGCGUUUCACACAGGAGUGUGUGUUGUCUGUCUGGUUGGUACAGUCUCUGAGUCUGGAAGCAUCCCUCUCUUCUUAUAACCCCUUAAUAACUGCUUACUAAUUUAUUAAUGUAGACACUUACCACCACUCCCUGUCCUACUCUCUUUUCAUAUCUUUCCUCUGAAUGGAAAUGUGUUUGUUUUUUGUCUGAAUAAUGUUUUAUAUCGUCAGCUCUCUGAAAAGUCAGUCCAUAGAAAAUGAAUCUUGCAUUUUGUCAGGCAGUGCAACUAUUUAUCAGCCAAUUACAUUUUGCAUGUUAGCUCUAUUCACUUAGAGUAGCAUGACAUAUUGGCUGACUGACUUGACAUGAGAACAAAUGCUAUACAAUUUCCCUUCGUUACAGUACAGAAAGCGGAUAUAAUACAUGUUGUAUACUUCUACAUUUGCAAAUGCCGCCUUGUACAUCUCAUUGGGUCAUGUUCAUUAGGCACCGAAUGGAGGAAAAUGGACUGAAGUGGGGGGGUGUUUUCCGUUGCGUACACUGAUGAACACGACCCUGAUUUGCUGUGGACGUUCUUCAGAAGUGCGACACAGGCCCUUGAGGCCCUUGUCUUUCCCUCUCUAAAGCAUAAGUGGCCCUCACUCACAAAUCUGUGGGGGUUUCUUGGGUUUAUGGUAAAGGAUCAAGACAUUCAGUUGGGUUCUCACAUGGAAAUCAGCUAUAAAAUCCAGUAUAUAAGAUAGUACUGUAUAAGUAUUUACAGUUGAAGUCGGAAGUUUACAUACACCUUAGCCAAAUACAUUUAAACUCAGGUUUUCACAAUUCCUGACAUUCAAUCCUAGUAAGAAUUCCCUGUCUUAGGUCAGUUAGGAUCACCAUUUUAUUUUAAGAAUGUGAAAUGUCAGAAUAAUAGUAGAGAGAAUUAUUUAUUUCAGCUUUUAUUUCUUUCAUCACAUUCCCAGUGGGUCAGAAGUUUACAUACACUCAAUUAGUAUUUGGUAGUAUUGCCUUUAAAUUGUUUAACUUGGGUCAAAUGUUUCGGGUAGCCUUCCACAAGCUUCCCACAAUAAGUUGGGUGAAUUUUGGCCCAUUCCUCCUGACAGAGCUGGUGUAACUGAGUCAGGUUUGUAGGCCUCCUUGCUCGCACACGCCUUUUCAGUUCUGCCCACACAUUUUCUAUAGGAUUGAGGUCAGGGCUUUGUGAUGGCCACUCCAAUACCUUGAUUUUGUUGUCCUUAAGCCAUUUUGCCACAACUUUGGAAGUAUGCUUGGGGUCAUUGUCCAUUUGGAAGACCCAUUUGCGACCAAGCUUUAACUUCCUAACUGAUGUCUUGAGAUGUUGCUUCAAUAUAUCCACAUAAUUUUCCUUCCUCAUGAUGCCAUCUAUUUUGUGAAGUGCACCAUGUCCCUCCUGCAGCAAAGCACCCCCACAGCAUGAUGCUGCCACCCCCAUGCUUCACGGUUGUGAUGGUGUUCUUCGGCUUGCAAGUGACCCCCUUUUUCCUCCAAACAUAACGAUGGUCAUUAUGGCCAAACAGUUCUAUUUUUGUAAUCAUCAGACCAGAGGACAUUUCUCCAAAAAGUACGAUCUUUGUCCCCAUGUGCAGUUGCAAACUGUAGUCUGGCUUUUUUAUGGCGGUUUUGGAGCAGUGGCUUCUUCCUUGCUGAGCGGCCUUUUAGGUUAUGUCGAUAUAGGACUCGUUUUACUGUGGAUAUAGAUACUUUUGUACCUGUUUCCUCUAGCAUCUUAACAAGGUCCUUUGCUGUUGUUCUGGGAUUGAUUUGCACUCUUCGCUCCAAAGUACGUUAAUCUCUAAGAGACAGAACACGUCUCCUUCCUGAGCGGUAUGACGGCUGCGUGGUCCCAUGGUGUUUAUACUUGCGUACUAUUGUUUGUACAGAUGAACGUGGUACCUUCAGGCAUUUGGAAAUUGCUCCCAAGGAUGAACCAGACUUGUGGAGGUCUACAAUUUUUUUUCGGAGGUCUUGGCAUGUUGUCAAGCAAAGAGGCACUGAGUUUGAAUGUAGGCCUUGAAAUACAUCCACAGGUACACCUCCAAUUGACUCAAAUGAUGUCAAUUAGCCUAUCAGAAGCUUCUAAAGCCAUGAAAUCAUUUUUUGGAAUUUUCCAAGCUGUUUAAAGGCAAAGUCAACUUAGUGUAUGUAAACUUCUGACCCACUAGAAUUGUGAUACAGUGAAUUAUAAGUGAAAUGAUCUGUCUGUAAACAAUUGUUGGAAAAAUUACUUGUGUCAUGCACAAAGUUGAUGUCCUAACCGACUUGCCAAAACGAUAGUUUGUUAAGAAAUUUGUGGAGUGGUUGAAAAACGAGUUUAAUGACUCCAACCUAAGUGUAUGUAAACUUCCGACUUCAACUGUAGGUAUUACUACAGUAAAAGCACAGUAUUACCUUUUGUAACAUAUAGAUAGAUAGCGGCCCUUUUGGUUUCUCAUUUUUGGGAUUAUUAUUGGUGCAGCAGAGAAGACUGCUUGUCACCAGUCAAUCAAACUACUGGGCUAUAAAAUCUUCCAACAACUUAGAUUUGCAUGAGGGAGUUUCCUCCAGAUAUGCAUGUAAUAUUGAUAGCUGUGUUGCUGCUGCUUUAUACCACAACAUUUUCCCAAUGUUAUGGUGCUUCUCCAUUGGUGGCAUAGUUAAGAACCUAGGAUACAAUGAAGAGAGAGUCUAAUGGCAAAGUUAACCCAAAUAGCAAUAAUAUUCAAGUCUAUCAAAGAAUGAUCAAAGUAGUCAUAGUGCUUAACAGAACUCCUCCAAUCCUUAGAUAGAACCUCCAUCUGCAGCUUACUCUGUGUCUCUGUCUAAAAUGACAACGCAGCACUCUUCUGAAGCACGUUCUUUCCAUGGCUUACCGCCCUGGGUUGAGCUGGCUUGGCCUGGGCCUUGACUGCCACGGCUGAGGAGCAUGGUCAUUGGAGAGAGCCAAGGGGGUGGAGGGGGCUGGCCUGACCCUGUGUUGACCUUGUGGGGUGUGGUGGGGCUGUCUGGCUGUCUGUCUCUUGGGGUUAGUAGUUGUUGGUACUUUAGAACCCUUUUCACACUAUCAUGCCAACCCACAACAGACUGUGCUGGCUCAAGUAUUUUCUUCACACAUUGUGCUUUCUAGCACGGUUCCAGCAACUAUGCUGAAUGGAUGAAUGCGUUACCAAGCAAGCCAAAUACAGCUCGGCUUGGCUUGGCUCAGCAGUGUGAAAACGGUAUAUUAUAGAAGGCUGAGGCCUGGUGUGGUUGUGACACAUUGUAAUGGGCUCUGUGUGGGGUUCGACAGGAGGGCGAGACCCUGGAGUCAGAGACAAAGCAGUUUGAGGACCUGGAGUUCCAGCAGCUGGAGAGGGAGAGCAGCCUGGAGGAGGAGAGGGAGACCAUCAGCCAGCAGCUGCUGCAGGAGAGGGCCGAGUACCACACCAGCGUGGCCAAGAGGAAGGUAAUGGACUGAACUGGAACAGAGUGGCUGCUCCUAUUUAUUCUGGCAACCCUCCAUCAUAUCUGGAGCUGUGAAUAUGAAUGUCUGUCAGAGAAACUAGCUCAUUUCUGAUGAUGGCCAAAUGCCUUUACAGGUUGAGUGUAAAUAAUAUGUUCAUUCAUGUCAAGAAUGGUGUUGUGAUACGUGAUUACUGCUUUGUUAUGGGUGUAUAUUUUCUCAAUUUAAAGUAAUCUUGUUUAGUACCCCUUUAAUUCAGCAAUAACUCUCUAAACAUGUUGUCUUCCAGGACAAGGUGGCAGCUCUAGAAGGCCAGGCCAGUCAGCUGGGACAGCAGGUGUCUCAGGAGUGUGACAGGCUGGCUAAGGACAUGAACCUUACCCUGCAGAUGCUCCAUAAGGUAACAUUAUAAUACAGUCCAUAUCUGGCCCAGCAACCACUCUACAAUCUACACAUUAUUACUCUGUUUUUGGUAAUUGGACUGGUGAUUCCCAUGAAACCCCUUUGAAAAUGACUAUAAUUUGAAUCUAAUCAUUAUCACUCUCUGGUCUUGCUUGACAAUGUGAGAAUCACACACAAAGUCAUUACCACAUGAAGGGCAAUGUGCCAUGCCAGCUGCCUUAGAUUAAGUCAAUUAAUUAAGAGUUUGUUGGCAUUUCUUCCCAUUUGUCGACAUUUCACUUUCGAUCUCGGCAUAUGUGCUGCCUUGUCCCCGGCUUUUCUGCAAGUGGCACAUUUUCUAAUUUGGUAAAGAAACUAUAGAAAUCCAUAAGCAGGACAGAGUCAGAUACUUAGAUAGUUUCAGUAAUGUAACAUGCAAGAUGUCUUAAUACAACCAUACUGUAACCAGGGGAUAGUGAUGGGUGAGGUAAGCUGUCAUCUGGUCUUGUCUCAUGUGUUCUGGUGUCUCUGUGUUCUAGGAGAAAGAGAGACUAUCGGCCUUAGAGAAGAGGUACCUCAGCCUUACUGGAGGAAGACGUUUCCCUAAGAGUUCCAGCACCAUGAAAGAGGUGAGGGGGGUUUAUCUUACUUUCUUUCAGGGGUCACACCUACAAGGACAGUUAUCUACCAUGAUGCAGAUAUAUGAAUGGACCUCUGCUCUGAUCACUUGUCUAAAGCCACACUCCUUCAUUUGUGUAUACCCUCAAAGACCAACAAAGACCACCAACAAAAAUGUUAACAAUGGAGAAAAUGCACUCCAUUACAUUUUCAUAUGCAAAUAGUAGGCUUAGGCUACUAGAUUUCUAUGAUACAUAUAUUGUUCUCAAUGAAUUAUGCAACUUUACUUCAAGUUACAAAAUCACAGACUGUGGCUUUAAGGGGAAUUUGAUGGUUUUCAUAGUUGAGAUGGUAGAAUGUUUAACUGGUGAAUAGGACUUCAUAUAUGACUUCAGGUUGAUAUCUCUCUCUCUGUUUUACCUCCGGUGUUGGUCUGGUGUGUGCUUGUUCUACCACUGGUGUGCCAGAGUAACCAUUUAUUUACUGUGUUUAACACGAUGUGGUGCCGGCUUGUGAAGUAUGGCCUUAUUUACACUGCGUUCGGAUGGUUGGAUACAGCUGAUCACAUCAGUCAGACUGGUUUGAUCUGAUAAUUCAGAUCCGACUUGACAUAUUUUUUGGAUUGGAAACAUCUGCAAUUUGAUGAUGGAUUGCACAUAAUACCUCAACUCAGGUCAGCGAGAUACUGAAUCCGCGGGCUGUGUUUAUUCUGAAAACAUGAACCGAUUAGUCUCGUACUAAACUCUCGUCCAAUUCUGACAUAUCCUAUCAACCUGCAUUCCUAUGCAUUUAGACCAAGUUCAUUACAUGAGAUGCCAAUCAGUUUCGUUGUUGAAUUGGAUAUAAUGGACUUUUUUAGACCAAUGUAAACUAGGCCUAUUAAACUGAAUUGUUUGACCCUUUUGUGAUUGACAGUUAUUAUCCCAAUACUGUAUUGACACCUAGUGUAGGAUAGAGGGACAUAAACCAUAACUGUACACUACAGCAACAGGAGCUGAAACCAGUGUCCCUGACUUCCUGUUGAAACAGGAAGUGCUCCAUAUCAGCGAGAUUGACCUGUUAGAGGACUCCCACUCCCAGCAUCCUCUCUGCCGACCCGCUGCUUCCUAUUUAAGCCCCUCCUCUCAGUUAUUCCCAGGGGGCAUCCCGACAGAGGUAACCAGACUAGACUGCCAGUGUAACUGUCACUGCAUGACACCUGAGCUCACUCACUGUAACCCCGCUAUGCACAGUCUGUGUUUGUCCAAAACUUAAAGGCCUACUCUGUGAUAUUUACAGCAUUAUAGGAAACCAAGUUGCAAGGUUGCCAUUUUAUUGUUGUUUUUUAAUUAAGGAGUGGGCCUUUAAGAGGUCUGCGUGAGUUAUGGCUUGUUACCCCCAAUGACUCCCAGCAAAUUGCAACCCGCCCCCCAUAUGUAGCUUAAAAACACAUUAGGCCCAUAAAGUACAGUUCUGAUUUGAAUGUUGUCAUUGUUUGUCUUUAUGAAAUACUUGGUCUGUUGGAUGAACUGUGGCCAUUUUAAUUGUUGUUGUGUCUCUUCAACUUUUAGAAUGGUCAAAAGCAUAAACAACUCAUGCUACAACUGGGGUGUGAGGAUGCUAUGUUUGUGUGAAGGUUUACCCAGAGGCUCACAUGCACAGUGCUUUGUCUCUCAUUGAAGUGUACUAUUCUGUUUGGUUUGUGUAGUACACUUCUCUCUAUUAGCGUUUUACUAUCCUUUGAAGAUGGCGAGAGCUUGUUGACAUCACUGUUAUUGUAUUCUUUUGCUGCGUGUUUUCAGUUCUCCAGCUCGAUGUGAGCCUUGGGUAAUUGUGGGAAAUUACAGGGUAGAGAAAUGCUGUGCUCUAUUUAUUCCGUUCAUAUAGUUGUUCAUGUUUUUCACACAAGCUUAUGUGUUUAAUGUUUUAAAAACACAAGAUAAAGCAGCAGCUUGUCUUGGGAGGUUGUAAAGUGCACGUGUAUUAUAUGCCUACGUAUGUGUAUGUGUAUGUGUGUGUGUGUGUGUGUGUGUGUGCGUACACCUUUUUGAGAUGGGUGCAUAUCCGUGUGUGUAUGAGUAUGCAUAUUAUGAAAAGGACGUGUCAUGGAGUGAGCUCAUGGCCUCUUGUCCUGUUUGGUGUGCGUUGCGUUGGCUCUCAGGAGUACAUGAAGCUCUCGGAUGUCUAUAAGAUGUAUGGGAGUGAUUGCCAUGACACCCAACUCACCACCUCUGCUCAGCACAGCCUCUCGCUCACCCUAGACACAGCUGUCCCCUGCGAGGUACCAUUGCCCUCUCUUUCUCUCUAUCACUCUCUCAUCACGUUCUCUCUCUCUCCCUCUCUCUCUCUCUCUCUCUCUCUCUCUCUCUCUCACUAUGUCUCAGUCACACUCUCUCUCUCUCUCCUUAUCACUCACCCUUGGUCUCUUUCUCUCUCACUCCAUCUUUUCAUUCUUUCACCUGUUGCUCCUCUCUCUAGCUGUCUACUUCUAGAUAGCUUACUGUACUUACAGUGGGGGAAAAAAGUAUUUAGUCAGCUACCAAUUGUGCAAGUUCUCCCACUUAAAAAGAUGAGAGAGGCCUGUAAUUUUCAUCAUAGGUACACGUCAACUAUGACAGACAAAAUGAGAAAAAGAAAUCCAGAAAAUCACAUUGUAGGAUUUUUAAUGAAUUUAUUUGCAAAUUAUGGUGGAAAAUAAGUAUUUGGUCAAUGACAAAAGUUUCUCAAUACUUUGUUAUAUACCCUUUGUUGGCAAUGACACAGGUCAAACGUUUUCUGUAAGUCUUCACAAGGUUUUCACACACUGUUGCUGGUAUUUUGGCCCAUUCCUCCAUGCAGAUCUCCUCUAGAGCAGUGAUGUUUUGGGGCUGUCGCUGGGCAACACAGACUUUCAACUCCCUCCAAAGAUUUUCUAUGGGGUUGAGAUCUGGAGACUGGCUAGGCCACUCCAGGACCUUGAAAUGCUUCUUACGAAGCCACUCCUUCGUUGCCCGGGCGGUGUAUUUGGGAUCAUUGUCAUGCUGAAAGACCCAGCCAUGUUUCAUCUUCAAUGCCCUUGCUGAUGGAAGGAAGUUUUCACUCAAAAUCUCACGAUACAUGGCCCCAUUCAUUCUUUCCUUUACACGGAUCAGUCGUCCUGGUCCCUUUGCAGAAAAAACAGCCCCAAAGCAUGAUGUUUCCACCCCCAUGCUUCACAGUAGGUAUGGUGUUCUUUGGAUGCAACUCAGCAUUCUUUGUCCUCCAAACAUGACGAGUUGAGUUUUUACCAAAAAGUUAUAUUUUGGUUUCAUCUGACCAUAUGACAUUCUCCCAAUCCUCUUCUGGAUCAUCCAAAUGCACUCUAGCAAACUUCAGAUGGGCCUGGACAUGUACUGGCUUAAGCAAGGGGACACGUCUGGCACUGCAGGAUUUGAGUCCCUGGCGGCGUAGUGUGUUACUGAUGGAAGGCUUUGUUACUUUGGUCCCAGCUCUCUGCAGGUCAUUCACUAGGUCCCCCCGUGUGGACAGGUGUCUUUUAUACUGAUAACAAGUUCAAACAGGUGCCAUUAAUACAGGUAACGAGUGGAGGACAGAGGAGCCUCUUAAAGAAGAAGUUACAGGUCUGUGAGAGCCAGAAAUCUUGCUUGUUUGUAGGUGACCAAAUACUUAUUUUCCACCAUAAUUUGCAAAUAAAUUCAUUAAAAAUCCUACAAUGUUGACGUGUACCUAUGAUGAAAAUUACAGGCCUCUCUCAUCUUUUUAAGUGGGAGAACUUGCACAAUUGGUGGCUGACUAAAUACUUUUUUUCCCCACUGUACAUACUGCUGUAUUGGCUUUCUGCUACAUGGCCCUCCUUGAUAUAAUCAGCUCAACUAACCUCUGCAUUACUGAUUGAAAAUGAGAAUUUGGAGGAUAAUGGUACCAGACCUGGAUCAAAUACAUAUGUCAUAUACAUUAAAAUACUUGCCAGUAUUUUAGGUGAGCUUGAUUUAGCUUGGAGCUUGCACUUUUGGAACUAUUUAAUUGUUUCCAUUGUACCAGGCAAACUGAAUCAAGCACAGCUCAAGUAUUUUACAUAUGUAUUUCACCAAGGUCUGGAUGGUACGAUGGGUUGAUAUUAUUGAAAGACUAUCCGUAUGUGAGUCAGGUUUACUGCCAUGUAUUUCACAUGCUGUCCUUGUAGCUGCUGUUUUCCUCCCUGUUGACGUGUGUCCUUCUCUGCCUAUGUUUCUCGCUUUCCCUCUUUGCCCUUUGACCUCCUGUCUGCCUGUUUGUGUGUGGAUCCCUGAAUGAAAGGAGUACGUGACAGUGGGCCAGUUAACUCAGAUCUUUGGAAUGCCGAAGGUCGAGUCCUCCCCUACCUCUCCUCUCCGGCCCCUCCAAUCAGGAGCGGGAGAUCCCGCCUUCUCCUGCCUCUCCGCUCCUCACAGCUCCUCCCUCUCUCUCUCUGUUGAGGUGUGUCUCUGGUCUCUCUCUCUAUUUCUUGUCACCCACCUCUCGUUUCUGUGAAGAUGCCCGAAUGACCCCUCUACCCCAGUGGCCAAAGCUAGUUGAAAUGACGUCAAACCACCAGUUUACAGCCAUUUUUGUAAUUGGUUGUAAACUGGUUGUAUUGACGUCAUUUCAACAAGUUUUACCCGUUGAGAGACCUAUAUGUCAGCAUUUGCUGAUGUUUCAAGAUGAUGAACAUUAACACACCAAAAACAUAACAUUUCGGAAAAUAUUUAUAUUUCCGUCACUACCUGAUCCUCUUAUUUGCUAAUUAAUGCUUUAAUUUCUUAUUUCUCUUCCUCUUCUCCUCCACUCCCUUGCUCUGUCCAUCCUGUCCUUUGCCUCUCUGCUGCCUCUUACUGUGGACUCUUAACUGCGGCCCUCCAGUACCAGCCUGAGUGCAGUAGGCCUCAAAACCCCACUCUCGAUUUAGAGCAGUGGUACCAGGAGGUGAUGGCUGCUGGGGAGAGCAGCCAGCUCUGCCCCCCUCUCCCAGCUAAAGUUCUCUCCGCUCGCAGGCCUAUGCAGGUAAUUCUCAGAGGCCUUCUCCUAUUUUCUAUUCCUCCCCUUGUUUUACUCUUCCAUUGUUUCUGUUCUGUCUUCAUCUUCUCUCUUCCGAUGAAAAUGGCUUUUCAAGUGCAGUGUGAUUUGUUGAUUGAGUUAAUUGUUCAAUGAUGGUCUGUCUGGGCUUGCUGCCACUCAUGCAUUUAGUUUUCCCUUUUUCAUUAGUUUGAAUUCUUUAAGGAUCUUCCACAUGCUUUAUGGUAAUCUGUUAGCAUCUUUUGUCAGUAUUCAAUCCAAAACUAGUACCACUCAUGGAUGUCAUUACAUUGCACCGGAAUAUGAAAUGUUAAAUCUUCAAAAAUGAUUCUGUAUAAUGUGCAUUGUAUUCGAUGUACUGCUAGGUUAUACUACAGUACAUACAAGCUCAGCCAAAGGGUUGGGGUCAAUUCCAUGUACUUUAAAUAUUAAUUGACCCCAACCUGGGUAUAGCCUAGACUGCAAUAAAUCUCUGAAGAUUUACUGGCAUAAAAUGUAAAAAAAAUUAUGAAAAGCCAAAAGACCUCAUACUGAAUGGCCAGCUGAGGCCGUGACACAAACCACCUGAAGGUUGUGGUUACAACAGGGUGUGUUUCUUCACACUGGCAUCUACCAGUAAAGCACUUUGACACUGAUUCUGUCGUUACAUCUGUGGGAGGACUCAAAGGACCACCAAUAAAAGGGAUGCUGCUGGUGCUGCCAUAAUAAUCAAUGUCUCUGGCUGUGUCUGAUAUCUCAGUAGUAGCAGUAGCGAUUAAAGUUCACUCACCAAAAGUAGGCUGCUUUAGCAUUUCAAAGAUAUCAAUCAAUAUCAAUAUGUUGGUUGAAUUGAAAUGUCAAUAAAUGUGCCUUUGAAAUGCUAAAGAAGCCUAUUUCUUUGUAUUUGUACCCUACUCUCUACAUCUCACAGCAUCUCCCACCAGUCUAGUUUUGAGUAGGCACCACAGUUUAUAUUCCUCAUUCCAUUUAAUGUAAUCCAUGUUUUACUAUGUGUGGGGGAACCUCAAACAAUUAGUCUACUGAGUUUGAUAGCUGAUCCUGGUCCGUCUUCACUCCUCCUCCCAGGUGUUCUGCUCCAAGCUGGACAGUGAUGCUGGACAGACGGUACAUCAACCCAAAGCAGGCUCCGGAUCCCAUCUGCAGUGCGGAGCUGCCACACUGGGACGCAACACAACCUCAAAGGUAAACCUCAUCAGCUCCGCUCCAUCACUACUUGUUGGCUAGUAGGGUCCUCAGCGGAUCAUGUAGUAAAGCUAAAAGCUGAAUUGCAGCCUACUCAGGUCUACAUACCUACAACCAAAUUAAAAUACAAAAUGGAAGGUACUGGUGUAGGAGGGAGGUCAAGUUUGUGGCUGGAUCGUGUAGCUCGUGUAGAUCUCUUCUGAGGCAGCCAUUUGCUGUAAUACUGCAAUUUAGCUAGCUUCAUCAUACGAGUUUGUGGUAGGUUUCUAUGAGGAAGACUACAGUACAUAGGGCCCUUAUACACAAUCAAUCUGAAUGUAUUGUAUGUAUCCCUCUCAGGUCACCUGGUGUUUGAUUUGACCUAGCAUGUGGUUACAUACCAGUAAACAACGGCAGGUUGUUAUGUGUUGUGUGCUACAUGAUAGUAUCAGAUUACAUUUGAUAGUAUUAGAUGACAUCGCUCACAAGACUGAGAGCUUGAUGUUUAUCUGUAGCUGUUGUCAUGCAUCAAAGGUUAAUGCAUAGCAUUUGAUGGUUUAUAUACUGUAAGUCCAUUCACUGGAUGUGUCAGUGGAUGUCUUAUUGGCUCUUGGCCUUGCCUGCCAGUCAAUGAUGACCACAUUGGAAAUAAACCUUGAUGGUUUGUAAUUUGUGUACUGCCAUUGCAUUGAUAUGUUGCUGUAUGUGUUUUUCAUUGUUAAUUGAAUUUAAUAAAUGAAUCAUUCAAUCACUCUCCUUCUUUUGUGUCCUUCUAGAGCCCACUGAUGGUUCCCAACAGUACAGGCAGUUUGCCACGGAACUUGGCUGCCACCAUGCAGGACAUAGAGACCAAGAGAGCGCUAGCCUUACAGCAGAAAGGUAACAUCCUUUUGGGAGUUUACACCAGGCUACUGUCCCAUGUUCUGGUUUGAGGCAAGAGUUUCCUUAUAGGGUUCCAGCAGUAAACAUCAACCUGGAAUUAGUAUAGUUAUAAUGUGUUUAAGAUGGUCCUCUCCAGGUUUCUAUAAACAAGAUUUGUUGUCUGUCAUUUCAUGAUUUCCUGUAAUGCUUCAGAGAAACCACACCCUGUCCUUGUCCCUGUCUCCAUCACCCCGCUUCCCCCUCACCCAGUCUCUUCCUCCACGGUUACGACCCCUCCCUUGCUUGCCUCCUCUAGCUCAGAUUUAACCACCAUGUUGUCCUCUUGUCUGUCUCGCUGUCUGUCACCCUGUCCUUCCAUCCCUCCAUCCAACCAUCCCUCUUUCCAUUACUGUCCUCCACUCUCCAUGUCACAGAGUCCUCCUUGCCUUCCACGUCUGAGUCUCCCUGCUCCACCAUGGACAAUCCCACAGACAGACAGAUAGACAGACAGACCUCUGAGCCUGGGAGUGGGUUUGGUCUCAUGUUCAUUUCCUAAAAGUCUUACGUUCGUCUCAUAUAAAAUCUCCAUCCAUCUUUCUUCUCCAUCUUCUUGUCUGUCUCCAUCCUCCUGCUGAGAAUCAACAAUGCAUGCGUUCGGUUGAAGCGGUGCUUUUCACCUGUCGGGCCACCUUUGUUCCACUUUAACUUUGCGGCUGUUUUUAAAGAGGUAUCUGUCAGUUAUAUGAUGGCUAGUGAGCAUGAGUUUGGACUUGAAGAUGACUUCCUUGGGUUACUGGAUCAUUUUUUAUUAGUAUUUUUGCUGCUACUGUACUUAGGAAGCUUUGAUGAUGAGGAAAAGUGUUGCUGGUUGAAUUGAGCUUGGGCUUUUGAUAAUACCGAGCACAUACAUGUUGUAUGUUUGAUGUAUGUGUGGGGCCUGGUUUCAUCUGUCGCUGACCUGUGGUAUCCUACAUUACACGGACUCAUAGGCAAUCUUUAGGUUUACUCUGUCUUCAUAGCUGGGUGACGCUGAUCAUCAUGACCUUUUGCUUGGCAAGUGGAUAUGAAUCAUGUGUGUGUGUGUUUGAGUUGGUUAGUGGGUGAGUAUGUGUGUCUGCAUGCUGAGGGCGCUGCCAUUCAUCCUGGAACUGUCAUCAUGGGACAUAAUGGGGUAUCCCUGGACGUGAUCAAACCACCCCACAGAUCAGCUAUGACCUCCUACUUCCUCCCUCUCCCUCCACCCCCAGGCCACCAGGUGAUCGAGGAGCAGCGGCGGCGUUUGGCUGAGCUGAAGCAGCGGGCUGCAGUGGAAGCCCAGUGCCAGUGGGAUGCGAUCCACAGCUCACAGACCCACCUCAACACCCAGUAUACCCCUUCCCACGCCCACGGCCCUCCAAUGGUGCACCACUCCAUCCUGCACCACCAGCCGCCGUCGGCGGGCGAGCAGCCGUACGACACACUAAGCCUGGAGAGCUCUGACAGCAUGGACACCAGCGUCUCCACCGGCAACAACUCGGCCUGCUCCCCCGACAACAUGUCCAGGUUAGAGACGCACACACACAAACACACACAUGCACACGCACGCAUAUCCUCGAACACACACACGCUUCACCGACAACAUAUCCAGGUCAGAGCCAGAGCGAGGAACACUCAGCCUUACAUGACACACACACACGUACACACAAACACUGGCUAAUUUCUGCCAAGGGAUCUCCGACAAGUAACCACAUGGGUCAUAUGACUCCCCACGUGCUGUCUGACUGUGAAUUGUGCACAAUCUGUUAAUUUGGUCAAGCUGUCUUGUAUCAGCUCAUUAUUCAUUACUGUCUGUCUACUAGUGACAAAAGAAGCAUGCUUGUCUGCUCAGCUGUUGUCCAUCCACUGUUAGCAGUAAUCAGGUGGAUAUUUAUUGGACAAUAUAGGGCUUUUUACACUACUGAGCCGAACCAAACCAGGUUGUCUGUCCUGAGCUGGUCUGCUGGAACCAUGCCGAAAAGGACGAUGUGUAAAGUAUCCGAGCCAGCACAGUUUGGUUUCAGUCGGCAUGAUAGUGUGACAAUUUUAUAAUUCUCUAAAUCCAGUUCAAACAUUCUACAACUUAGAAUUCAAAUGUGAACAGGUCGUCUUUGUGACAGUCAAAGGCACUCCCAGUCCGUACAGAACUUGUCAAGUUUGUUGUCGUGCAUGUAUUAUCGCAGGCCUACAAAAAUGUCAACAGGGAAACGCUCUUGCAUAACCACAUGCCAGAGACAGUUUCUCUGUCUCGCUGAACACUGUCUUCCUCUCAAAUAAUUGAUUCGCUAUAUUGGAUGAUCCUGGUCGUGCCCAAAUGACUCCCUAUUCCCUACAUAGUGCACUACUUUUGACCAGAGCCUAUGAGCUUUGGUCAAAUGUAGUGCACUAUGUAGGGAAUAGGGUGCUAUUUGGGAUGCGGCCCUGGAUACAUGUGUAGGCUACAGCAGAAGGGAUGCUCCCUUUAAUCUUUAUGACUGGUUAAAAGUCAACAUUUUGUAUUUUGGCUAGUUAAACAUUUGGGUGAGUGACUGCUGAAAUAUAGUCAAAUGACUAGUAACAUAGAGUCUUAAGACUAGUGAAGACACUCUGCACAGAUAUAAAGAGGGGUUGCCCUGAGCCAGUUGAUAUGAAAGGUAGGAUGUGUGUGUGGUUGCACACAGACAAGGCAGAUGUGUCCAUCCCCUUUGCACCUGGUGAAAGCACAGCAGUUUCUCCACUUUAAAUGGGAUAUCAAAGAUUGCACGUAAUCAACUGGCCUAAGCACUCAUUAGGGUUGUGUUCAGUAGGCAGGAAGUGGGGGGAAAAAACAUCCAAAGCGGAGUGAAUGAGAGUCCAAUGAGAAACAGUCAUUCGUCUUCUGUUGCAAAACGUUUUAGAAUGUUGUCCUUCGCAUGCCGUCAUGAAAACAACCUUGCACUCACUGUCCGCUAGGCACCACCUGGCCGUACGGGACAUUUCCAGUGUAUACAGCAUUGGACCUCUAAACCGUUGAUAAUAGUUAAUAACUCUUUAUGGUAGUUAGUGUCCACAUAGUAAGUUAAUGUUUUUAUGACCAGUGAUGACAGAUGUUUUAGGACUUACUUAAUCCUCUUCGUUCCUAUGUGAGAAGCUCGCCGAUCUUUAACCAUUUUGGGGGUGGUUUUCCAUGACGGGCCACAGUUUUGGGACCUAAGAGUAUUAAUACACUGUUACCCAUAAAUAUAUUGAAUGAUGGAUGUCAUUGAUAGUUGAGAUGUAUCUCUGACUGUGUCUGGUUUGCAGUGCCAGUGGGAUGGACGCGCUGAAGAUCGAAGAGAUGGAGAAGAUGCUGAAAGAAGCCCACCUAGAGAAGGCCAGGCUCAUAGAAUCCAAAGUAAGACACCACCUCACACACCAUGGCUAGCUUCCUAUCAGAUCCCAUACUAACAUCUUACUUCAGUGUUUACAGCCAGAACAUGACUGGCCACCCGUCAGAGCCUGGUUCCUCUCUAUUUUUCUGCCUUCUAAGGAGUUUUUCCUAGCCACUCUGCUUCUACCUCUGCAUUGCUUUCUUUUUGGGGUUUUAGGCUGGGGAUCUGUAAAGCACUUUGCGACAACUGCUGAUGUAAAAAGGGCAUUAUGUUCAUGAUCUUUUCUCCACCUCCGUCCUUCUCUCCAGGAGCGAGAGAGCCAUGCCCGUAGGCAGAUGCUGGAGGAGGAGAGGAGGAGGCGCGAGGAGGCUGAGAAGAGGCUGCAGGACGAGACGGUGCACAGGCAGCAGCUGGUGGACAAGGAGGUGAAGAUGAGGAGCAAGAACUUCUCCCAGGUGAGCCUCAGGCCCGAUAACAACGAAAAAUCCAAACAAAAAGAAAAUGCAUUUUGAGAUCUGUCUCUCUGAUCAUCUGUUAGUCGUAUAGGCUUUUGAAAGACUCGUUACACGUUUGUUUCCUUCUUUCCUCAGGCUCGUCCUAUGACUCGUUACCUGCCCAUCCGCAAGGAGGAGUUUGACCUGCGCUCCCACAUCGAGUCAUCCGGCCACAACGUGGAGACCUCUUACCACGUGAUCCUCACAGAGAAGAUGUGCAAGGGUUACCUGGUCAAGAUGGGCGGCAAAAUCAAGUCGUGGAAGAAACGCUGGUUUGUCUUCGACCGCCUCAAAAGGACCUUCUCAUAUUACAUUGGUAAGGAAACUGCUCUGAUCGAGCCAAUGGGAGAUACAGUGCAUGGCAUAUUCAUACCCCUUGACCUUAAUGUAGACUGUAUUUGUGAAAGGUGGUAUAAAUGAGUUCGGUAGAGAUGAACAUUAGGAUACACAAGGGUAAUGCACAUUUGUGGGUAGCGGUUUGGUAGCAGGCGUUUAGAUACAGUAAUAUGCAAAUGCUUGGCGAUUUGCAUGAUAAAAUAGAUAAUUAUUAAAUAAUUACUUCAUAUAAAAUUGCAACUACUUUUCCAAAAAAAUUGCGCUUGUAUUAUUAUUUUUAUGUAGCAGGGAUCUAGUGCAGUUUAUGCCUGAAGGUAAAAAGGGGCAUAAAGUUACCCCCGGUUCCUCUUGUGUUUUUGCAGUGGUUGAUGAAAUAAGCUGCAAUAUUGUACCAUAAGGGUGUAAGAAUGUAGAAAUCAGGGGCUCUAUUAAAUUCCGCGAUAUAAAUUAAAAGUUAUUUCCGAUUGAGCCGACAUGCAGCGUUUACUGUGAAUGCAGUCUCCACUAAAGGGGGAACAUUGCCUUUAAAUUUCAAUCACGCUGUAAAGCUGAAUUUCUGCAAGGAGGAUUGAAUAGAGGCCGAAGUCUAAAAUACAGUAGUAGUCAGAGACACUGCAACCUAUUUAAAAUGAAAAGGAAGCCGUGUUCUCAACAAAAAAUAACUUGAAACUUCAAAUGGACAUGAUGAUACAGUAUGUUACUUUUAUGACACUGGCUUAGGAAAUACUGUACAAGCUCAAGAAUAGAAUUGUGAUUAACAAUGAAAAGGAUUGUCCUUUACUAUGACUCUCUCUCCGUCUGUCAUCAAAGAAACUGUACUGUAGGAAUCUAAAAUAAUAACGUGAUAUUUUUACCUAAGCAUUUUGUCAUGUUCAUCUCCUCUACAGACAAGCACGAGACCAAACUGAAAGGAGUCAUCUACUUCCAGGCCAUUGAAGAGGUCUACUAUGAUCACUUGCGUAGCGCCACAAAGGUACGUUCUGUGUUAUCUACCUAACAAUUGGAGAACAAUCUUUAUACAGAAAACAAUAAAAUCCUCUAAUCACUUUUCUUUUUAUGCUUUCACUGUACUGAUUAAAUAAUUAUCUUUCUUUAAGAUCUUUUGUUUUAUACACGUUUUGCUUCUUCCACGCUUUCAUUUCUCUUCUCACUCUUUUGCUUUGACUGGCUGGUUUCACAGAAAGGAUUUUUCAACCUCAAUUUGGCCAAUGUAUGUAUGACUUUUUGUCUCGACCCACCCAUUGCUUGUUCUCUGCCCCUCUUACCCCAGUGCAACAUGUGUGUGUGUUUGUUGAUUUGGUUGUUUACACAGAAUGUUCAGAUAGAAAUGUAUAAUGUAGAAUUGAUAGGAUUGUCUGUCAUGUAGAAUAAGGAUUCGUGUCAGCUCUACAUAUUCCAUUGCUAUCUGCAACUUUCUGUUGAAUACCCACCAGGAGCGUAAUCAUGCAUGAUUAUUACAAGACAUAAUGAAAACCCACAGUCAUUACCGAACAGUGCAUCUCUGGAUCCUCACAUUUUCCCCCUUGGUUUCAUACAGUGGGGAAAAAAAGUAUUUAGUCAGCCACCAAUUGUGCAGGUUCUCCCACUUAAAAAGAUGAGAGAGGCCUGUAAUUUUCAUCAUAGGUACACGUCAACUAUGACAGACAAAAUGAAAAAAAAAUCCAGAAAAUCACAUUGUAGGAUUUUUAAUGAAUUUAUUUGCAAAUUAUGGUGGAAAAUAAGUAUUUGGUCAAUAACAAAAGUUUCUCAAUACUUUGUUAUAUACCCUUUGUUGGUAAUGACACAGGUCAAACGUUUUCUGUAAGUCUUCACAAGGUUUUCGCACACUGUUGCUGGUAUUUUGGCCCAUUCCUCCAUGCAGAUCUCCUCUAGAGCAGUGAUGUUUUGGGGCUGUCGCUGGGCAACACGGACUUUCAACUCCCUCCAAAGAUUUUCUAUGGGGUUGAGAUCUGGAAACUGGCUAGGCCACUCCAGGACCUUGAAAUGCUUCUUACGAAGCCACUCCUUCGUUGCCCGGGCGGUGUGUUUGGGAUCAUUGUCAUGCUGAAAGACCCAGCCACGUUUCAUCUUCAAUGCCCUUGCUGAUGGAAGGAGGUUUUCACUCAAAAUCUCACGAUACAUGGCCCCAUUCAUUCUUUCCUUUACACAGAUCAGUUGUCCUGGUCCCUUUGCAGAAAAACAGCCCCAAAGCAUGAUGUUUCCACCCCCAUGCUUCACAGUAGGUAUGGUGUUCUUUGGAUGCAACUCAGCAUUCUUUGUCCUCCAAACACGACGAGUUGAGUUUUUACCAAAAAGUUAUAUUUUGGUUUCAUCUGACCAUAUGACAUUCUCCCAAUCCUCUUCUGGAUCAUCCAAAUGCACUCUAGCAAACUUCAGACGGGCCUGGACAUGUACUGGCUUAAGCAGGGGGACACGUCUGGCACUGCAGGAUUUGAGUUCCUGGCGGCUUAGUGUGUUACUGAUGGUAGGCUUUGUUACUUUGGUCCCAGUUCUCUGCAGGUCAUUCACUAGGUCCCCCCGUGUGGUUCUGGGAUUUUUGCUCACCGUUCUUGUGAUCAUUUUGACCCCACGGGGUGAGAUCUUGCAUGGAGCCCCAGAUCGAGGGAGAUUAUCAGUGGUCUUGUAUGUCUUCCAUUUCCUAAUAAUUGCUCCCACAGUUGAUUUCUUCAAACCAAGCUGCUUACCUAUUGCAGAUUCAGUCUUCCAAGCCUGGUGCAGGUCUACAAUUUUGUUUCUGGUGUCCUUUGACAGCUCUUUGGUCUUGGCCAUAGUGGAGUUUGGAGUGUGACUGUUUGAGGUUGUGGACAGGUGUCUUUUAUACUGAUAACAAGUUCAAACAGGUGCCAUUAAUACAGGUAACGAGUGGAGGACAGAGGAGCCUCUUAAAGAAGAAGUUACAGGUCUGUGAGAGCCAGAAAUCUUGCUUGUUUGUAGGUGACCAAAUACUUAUUUUCCACCAUAAUUUGCAAAUAAAUUCAUAAAAAAUCCUACUAUGUGAUUUUCUGGAUUUUUUUCCCUCAAUUUGUCUGUCAUAGUUGACGUGUACCUAUGAUGAAAAUUACAGGCCACUCUCAUCUUUUUAAGUGGGAGAACUUGCACAAUUGGUGGCUGACUAAAUACCUUUGGAGUUGUUUGCCAAAGCAAGCCUUCUUAGAGAGAUUAUUCACUUGUUUGUUCCUCUGUGGAAUUGGUUGUGUUUGAAUCUGUCCCUUCAAUUAAUACAAUUGAAACAGACUAAAUACGGGUGGAUUAUCCAGGUGUGUGUUUGCGUGUGUGCAUAUCAAAGUGUUGUAUUUUACAUACUGUAUACAGCUUAAGUGCAUGUGUGUAACUGUAAAAUAUGUGGGUUGGGCACUUGCGUCUUAUGUUGUGUGUGUAGAUUGUCGUGUGUGUGUGUGUGUGUGUGUGUGUACUGUCCUGCUGGCAGUCGAGCUGCUGCAGUAUUUCCUGUAUCCUGUUUUGACUCUGAUUGUCUCCUUCAGCACUUUUCUGAGCUCCUGCCUCCUCAGUUUCGAAGAGAGGUGUGUGUGCCUGCCACGCCAUGAUUAACUGUGUGUUGUGGAUAAACACGUGGUAGAGCAGCGUAGUGCUCACUUAUUUUUACAGGUUCAAUAGACAGAAGUGUGAUUGUCAGCAUAGGAGAAGCCCCAUUGUCCAUCAACAAGACAAUCAGUUGUUGAAAAGUCAUCAAUUGUUGAAAAACAUAUAUAUGGGCAAUGUGUAGCAACUCUCGUAACACUUGCCUGUGGUUUUUGGGUUGUCGUUUAAGAUAUUUGAUUAUUAUAGUGCACCCAUUGUACUAACCAUCAUGACCAAUGAAUUUAGAAAAAAUAUGUAGUUGUUUACACAGAGCAUGAUAUUGGUUAUUUUAGUUGAAUCUGAGACAAUAUCGGAGGGUAGCACGUAGAAAAAACUCUCCUCCCACAUAUUCUGCAUUCAAUCUAACCUCCAAUGUUCCCCAAAAGGAUAUGGGUAGCUGCCGCACCUUCACGCCCCUUAACAUCGAGUGCUGUUUGGGUCAAAUCGGAGUCAUUAAAUUACAUGUCAUCUCCAUAUUACUGACCUUUGACCUUUCUCUCUUCUCCAAUCCCAGAGCCCCAAUCCCUCGUUGACCUUCUGUGUGAAGACUCACGACAGACUCUACUACAUGGUGGCCCCUGCCCCGGAGGCCAUGAGGAUAUGGAUGGACGUUAUAGUAACCGGAGCCGAGGGCUACACGCAGUUCAUGAACUAA